UGCAGCGUGGGAAAGCAUUGCAGACCUGAGGAAUAGAUGCUGUUGUGAAUGUACGUCCAACGCACAGACUGAAACCUCUGGAACUUGCAAUCCUCACUCUAUGGACACUGCAUUGCUCAUCAUCUGGAUGCCAAAUCUCUUAUCCUGGUGGAAUCUGCCUUGCUCUGUGAUUGCUCUGGGGCUGGAGGAGGGUAUUUAACAGUUUAUUGAUUUGUUGGGAUCUGACUAUCUGCCACCUGUAACGAUGAAGAGACCCUGUGAUGACACCAGUUCUGACAGUGACAUGGAUGAGACCAUUGAUGUAGGAAGUGAGAAUAAUUAUUCUGGGUGAGUUUUGUCAUUUCAUGUAGAUCAAAAGGUUGGAAGCAAAGUUUCUCAGGGGUAGAAGUGAAAAUCUUCCCCUGGAGCUGGAUGAAUUAACCUUACUGUAAUGUGUUUUAAUGUCUCCACGUCACGUUUUAAAGCUUGGGAGCUGAAUUGGGGAACCUACUCUCGCUUUUUUUUCGACAUUGCUCAAUAUAUAUUUACACUGACACUGAAAUCUGGGGUGUCAUUCUAAGUGGCCUGAUCAAGUAAUAGUGACUUAUAGACACUGAAACAGUGCCAUUAACUAUUGAGUUAAAUUAAUUGAUAUGGCAAUAAUUCUUGAGACACUAAACAAGAAACAGUGUGAAACAUACACAGUGUCCGCGCGAUUAAGCAGGGCUUUCAAAUUAUCCUCUUUAUAUAAUUGUAAAGUGCUACAGAAUAUGUUGGCGCUAUACAAAAAAAAUGGUAGCUCAAAUAUUUAAUUUUGGAAAUACUGAAAUGCAUGUGGCUGAUUUUCUUUAAAUAUUUUCUUUAAAUGCAUAUUAUAGAAACAUUUAAAUACAUAAAGGGAAUCAACACAGUAAAGGAGGAGACCAUAUUUAAAAGAAGAAAAACUACCACAACAAGAGGACAAAGUCUUAAAUUAGAGGGGCAAAGGUUUAAAAAUAUCAGGAAGUAUUACUUUACUGAGAGGAUAGUGGAUGCAUGGAAUAUCCUUCCAGCUGAAGUGGUAGAGGUUAACACAGUAAAGGAGUUUAACCCCUUAAGGACCAAACUUCUGGAAUAAAAGGGAAUCUUGACAUGUCACACAUGUCGUGUCCUUAAGGGGUUAAGCAUGCGUGGGAUAGGCAUAAGGCUAUCCUAACUAUAAGAAGGCUAGGGACUAAUGAAAGUAUUUAGAAAAUUGGGCAGACUAGAUGGGCCGAAUGGUUAUCUGCCGUCACAUUCUAUGUUUCUAAGUUACAGUCUGUAACAAUAUAAAAGCCAAAAGUAUAUUUAUUCGUCAGUGUUAAACAUUCAUAAAUCCUUUAUUGAGACUGAAAUAACUGCAGUUCUUACUAUAGACUGGCACAAUCUUAUCAGAAACAUUAUGCAAGGUGUCUCUUUAAUUUGUGAACUUUACUAACCAUUCCUCCUACAGAGCUGCAUUACUUUAAUGGAGUUUUGCAUUAUACUGUAAUUCUAGGAUAACUUGCUAAAAGUGAAGCAGUAACCUUGGAAACCAAUGGAAUGUUACUGCUACAUGAUUCACUCUUAGAACCUUGCACCUGAAUUACUCUUAAAGAAGUUAGUUCCAUAGUUCCAAUUUGCCAUCAAAAGAUACAUAUUUUUAGAGUGACUUUUUUUUAGCAGAAUGUAUGUCAAUACAGAAUCAAACCAUAGGAACUCCGUGCACUAACAUUAGUACAUAUUUGGACACACUGAUAUGCAUUUAAUAGGUAUUUUGGAUCAUCUUGUGUUGAGGGGUAUAUUGAGGGAUGUUUUCUAAAGCAUUAUAUUAUUUACCCUUUAGUUAAUAUCUCCUAUAUGUAAUUAAUUAUUUUUUUUUUUGUACCUCAUAAACAUUUUGCCCUGGUCAAAUCCUAACGCUUUAAAGAGAAUGAUUUUUCUAUAAUGAUAUCUUAUGUGGAGUGUGUAAGCCUAAAUGGCAGUUAGUAAUGUGAAUAAAGUUUUAUUCUAUUGUAUAUUUGCUGGAGACUGGUUAGAGACCUUCCUGGUUUUGAUGUAGAGAUUUGUAUCAACUCUCUGAUAGAGAUUUGCCUGUGAUCCUCUUAGCAAAUUACAAGCCUUUUAUAGUUGAUGAGAUUAUUGUGGAAAAUAAUUUCCAUUCUCAAGUAAUUGUGGACAGUUGAUGUUGACAUUGGGUUUACAAAUGUGAUAAAAGAGGAUUAAAAGAUAGCUCUACUUUCUCUACUGCAAUGAUCAUUACAACAUGUACAAUGCGUCAGACAUUAUGAGGUUUACUUGCUAAGCACUAAAUUGCAGUGGAUUGAAUAGUAAAUUGCAGCCAGGCUGUGACUAUAGUGGAGUUUGAGAAUUCUUUAAAAUAACAAUGUUUGCCUAAAUUCUGCCUGUAUGUAGUAUACUACUACCUAUUUAGCGUUUUAUGCGUCUCUGGUGCUUAAAUAGAAGAAAAGUAUUUUAACUUACUUAGUAUUAAUAUACACGUCUACGCGCUGGUCGAGCAGAAAUUAUAAGACAUGCAAUCCCGAACUUGAAUAAUUCCAAAAUGGUAAUAUACAGACAGAGUUAUUGUGAAACAAUGCAAAAAGCGGUGUGUUGUGGCUAUCACUCCAAAUUUGCAAUUAACAUUGUUACAAUUUCAAUUAUUUAUAUAGAGCCAACAUAUUUGCAGUGCUGUACAAUACCUGUGGAUUGUUCACUUAAAAGUGAGCUAAUUUGAAUUGUAAUUGCAAAAUUUAGGCUCAAAUAGUCAAGUUGGAUAAAUAACCCAGCUAGAGAAUUUUUCCAUCUUGACUAUUUUGGCCUAAAUUGUGUCAUUUCACCCCAACUCUUUAGCAAAUCCGCAACUAAGCCUAAUAUUGAAUAGCUUUGGCUGUUGAAGUGUUAAAUGACACCGCAGAUCUAGCACAAUAUGUAGUCUCUAUUCUGAAACCUGUUUGUUUUAAAGAUAAAUACUUCCUUGUUCUGGUGUUUUUGUAAGUGCAUCUUUUACCCUCUUGUUCCAUAGGGAAUUAUUGUCACAGGGGUUGCUUCAUUGAUCGGUUACUUAGCUUUAGACAAUAAGACUGAGAUCUGCCUGGUUUGAUAUACUGUUAAAAAUGUCACACUCGCCUUUGUAUUAUCAAUACAAUUGUUAAAUUACAAACUGAAGAAAUGCUAUAUUCCCUACAUGAUUAAUUAUUAAUAUUUAUGGAGCGCCAACAAAUUCCACAGCGCUGCACAAUGGGUGGACUAACAAACACGUAAUUGUAUCCAGACACGUUGGACGCACAGGAACAGAGGGGUUGAUGGCCCUGCUCAAUGAGCUUACUUAUGAUGCCUGAUUGACGUUGUCAUUUAGCACUGUAUUUUCAUUGCCCUUACUGAAUUAUAACCAUUAAAUUAUACAUAUCUUAAACAUUUGGCAAUCCCAUGUUCUUUGUCCUGUAACAAGUUACUAACUAACAUACACUAUCAAUAUCAAUUUUCAUGCAGAUCCUUAUGAUUUAAGGACCUUGAGGAUUUUAUGUUAAUAUUACCUAGUUCAAUGAAACUCAUUUUAGCCACCUUGAAAUGAUGAAAAGCUAAUUUGUACCUGCAUCCUUGAGGUUGGAACAGGCAAUAGAGGCAUUACAGCUAGAGCUCUAAUCAACUGAGUUAUUUAAAAGACUGUAUACUGGGACACCAACAAACAGGAGUAUUUCCAAUCCUAAACAGACUACAAAAGCACAUGCUACAUAACUGUAUGGGUUUCCACACUCAAAUACAAUCAGGUUCUAUUAUUUGUAUCAAUGUUACCUGAUUGUCUGAAUUGUCUGGAUAGAAUAAUCUAGAGUUAUGUGUUAAACCUAACCACAUUUUCAUGAUGGAAGUUUAUAGUCAAAGCCUGUUAAUAAACUGUCAUUUUUGUUGAGUCCUUUAUGUGUUGAAUCUGUUGUCAUCUUCCUUCACAUUGUGACAGAAAAGUGUCUCUUUCUGUUGCAUAAAAGUAGGAUUUUAUCAUUGUUGUGAUUUGUGCCUGUCAGAUUGUGUUAACAUGCCCAGUGGAGAAAUUCCUAGUGUCACCUCGUCUUCCACCACAAGAUGUGUAAAUUAUUUCUAAAUAUGUGCUUGCAAAUCAUCAAAUCCCCUUCUUUCCCUUUUUGAAGUAGAAAAAAACAAACCCUAUUGACAGGAGCAUUUGUUUCCAAGUCUUUAUACAUCAUAUACAUUGCUAUGCAUGGCCUUACACCGUUAGAAUCUGUCUGGCCUUUUUCAAGAAACAGUUGUUUGCUCAUCAACCAGUGGUACUCAAAGCGUUGAAGGCAAGUUUUGUAGACAUUCUGUUCAAUCUGUAAAGAAUACAGACAAUGUGAAUGUAAAUUCUAAAUGCUGAUUUCUGCAAAUAGGUUAUUGCAGGCUCUAAUGCACUUAAAUAUUUAAUUAUUUAACAAGAGACUGACAAGUGGUUCUGACAUAACUAGGAAUGAAUAAUAAGACUUGUUUUUCUGCAUUAGGGCUUAUUCAGCCAGUAAUGUAUUGUUGUGGGUAACUGACAAGGAAAUUGCAGUUUACUUACAUUGGAAAACUGUUACCAUUUGGCUAUUUUGGCCUUAAUUUUGCAAUUCUCCUGUGAAUUCCUCGCGUUCCAAGUUUGGUGAUUAAACCCAAUUAUUAUCUUAAAUUAGUUGAAAUAAUUAUCAAGGCUCAUAAUAGCUUCUAGGUAAUAUGUAAUUAUAAGAGUAUUAGCCACUUUUGUUCCAAUACCGAUAUUAGUAUUAAAUGAUCAUUAGGUGCUCCUUAUAUAUUAUAUAUACUAAGACAAUAAACCUAUGCAUUAUUAAUGUUUUAUCUUAAGAUAAAGUAAUCCUAUUAUGCCUGAAUCUCCAAAGACAAUGAAUUGUUGCAGAUUAGUGGAUUGCAGCAUGCUAGCCAAAAUAGUAAAAAAUAAAAAAUGUUUUCCCAAUUCAGGUAUGCCAGUCAAUAGUCAUUAACACUGCCCUGAUAAAUGUAAGCAUAUGCACUGAGCUCCCUAUUGUCAAUAAUGCAUGAACUUGAGAUGUCGGGUCAAAAUGAUAAUAGUGCAUGAAGUGUUUCAGAUGAUUCGGGACGCACACGAACGCUGGGCUCUUAUGUCCUUCCUGACCCCCAUUUAGAUCCUUACCUGCAUAUUUGUAUCAGUAUUUGAUGCUCAUAAUAUGAUAGAAAAUGAUGGUCAUGAAAACGAUCUUUGUCUAUGUAUCUAUUUUAUAGAUUAUUAUCAUUAUUACUACACAAAGAAUUUUCUAAUUUGUGUCUAAUUUUUCUGCUUGUAUUUUUAAGUAAAGUUUAGUUGAUAAUACAGUUACGUUUAGUUGAUAAUAAGUUUUCGCUUGUAUGAUGAAUAGAAUAAAAAUAAAUGUAAUUUAUAAUUGGCCUCCUUUUUUUCUAACAAACAGUAAUAAACAAUCCCUGGUGUUACAACAAAUUAAUAUCUCAUUUUUAAUGCACAUAGUGAAAUUAAUUUAUUUUCUGAUACGCCUACUCUUACAUUAUGGUCUGAGUAAUAACACUAUUUCUUUAAUGAUUGUGAUCAUUCUAAUAACUGCAAAAUAAUUUUUUACGUUCUUUUUACAUAUCAUUGAGUGUACUUACAACUUUUCUUUAUUGAUUAGUAACUUUUAUACCACUUAGUAAACUUUAGUAUUUCCUAAACACCUCUAUUAUAGAUGGAUAUUAAGGAGACGUGGCACUUUACUUCAACAGGGAAAGGAAUUAAUUAAUGAUUGAUAAUGGCAAAUUGUUUCAGCCCUCAAAAAGGCAUUUAUCAAGUGCAAAGUCACUUUUGAGGACCAAAAUAUUGAUGAUAAAGUUUUUUGCACUAGAGAUGAGAUCUAUGAAUUUAAUUUAUACUUUUUGUAAUUUUGCUUUUUCUUUGAAAGUAUCUGUGCAAUAUUAAGUAUUUUAGGCAUCCACGAAAAGAUAUCUCAGACAAAUAUCCCUUGUUGAAUACAUUUUUGUGUAAUGCACAAUAUUUCGGAGUAACAGGGCACUUGAAUGCUGAAUAUAUUUAAGACUAGCUUUAAAAUGCAUAUAAUUAUUUUACCAUGUAAUGCCAGGAUGCGUUUCAUAACUAUUACAUUAAAAAGAUUUCCGAACUCUGUGCUAGGAUAAAAUGAUAAAAUUGAUGUAAUUGUUCGACAUCACAUGGCACACAAAGCAUAAAACAAUACAAAAGUGUAGUACAUUGCUUUUUUUACUUAUUAGUUUUCAUAUCAGCUUAGAGUACAACAAUUCCAGUGUUAUUAUGUAGAGCCACAUUAUAAAGUUGAUAGCUGCAUAUAAUCACAUUGUUUUUAUAUACAGCAAAGUAUUAGCAACUUAUCCCACUGUGUUCAGAUUUAUAUCUGGUACUUUAAAUUAAUUGUCUGACAUACCUCAGUGUUAAGGAUUAAAUUCCCAGAGGUUCAUCUUUGUCUGCCAUCCAUCAGAAAUCAGUACUAAAAUGUUUUUUUCUUUUAUGUUUAAGGCAUGAUAUCAGAUGAGCUGAUACAUGCACAGUUGAGCUGGGAAUAAUAGAUUUGUGCAAAUUUGGACACAUAUCUAUAACUUUUUAUUCUGGCACACCUGACAAGUUGCUUUUUUUGUAUGACAGGCACAGUAGUGGAUCACUAAUUCGUUCAAAUUCCCCUACUACAACCUCACAAAUCAUGGCCAGGAAGAAAAGAAGAGGGGUAAGUUUAUAUUUUUUAUGUAAAUAUUUAUAUAUACACAUACAUAUUGAACAAUAUAUUUUUUAUUUUAUCUUAACCUCAUUUUCUAUUGUGUAAACCCCAUCUCACCGCCCCUCCACUUUUUUUUUUCUUAAAAAAACAAAACAAUAUUUAUGUUAAUACUAUCUUGCGUUUCAUUACAAUGUUAAGUUGCAUAUAUGUAUUUUUGGUACAGCAUGAUUCAAACAUUCUAAGCAGCUAUUGUGUUUAGCUACUAUGUAUGCAGAAUCACCAAUUUCGAAACUUACUUGGACUGUAUCACCUUUUCUUAAUCCCAAAAUAAAUAAUUUAAAAUAAUCAUGUUUACAAAUAGAUUUUUCAGACACAUUAUUUGUCCCAGGAUAUAUCCUAUAAACUCUUCUAAGAGUAUGGUGGAGAUUUACACCUGAAAAUGAACUUGGUUUACAGAUUUAGCAACACAAUAUGCAAAAGGGGACCUCCCUCUCCAUAUUUAAUGUGUUGUAUAGACAACGAUUUAAAAAUACAUUCAAAACAUAAAAGAAAAUCAUCCUUACCAACUAAAUGUUUAUAGGAUUUGUAGCUUAGCCUUAAGUCACACUUCCACUCGUCACACAAGAUGAGUGGAACUGCAAAAUAAGUUGAUAGCAGCGGUAACGUGGUUCAAAGUUUUGUGAGCCAGACAGCAUGCAGACAUCUCUCAUGUCUCCCAUUGCAUCUGGAUGAUAGUUGGACAGCAGAGGAAGAAGUACUUUUCCUUUUUUGACACCACUGCUCCUAGUGGCAGAAUUAAAACUGGAAUUAUUUUUGCAAGACUACAUUUAUAAGUCAAACAGUACUGUGAUACAGGGUGCAGUGAAUUCUCUGUAUUAUAAUCUGAUAAUAUAACAUUGUUACAGUUGUUAAAGUGGCCCUAAACUAUUUCAGCAGUGGUCCUAAUGUUAAAAAAAAAAAUCCACUGUCAAAUUGUAUUUAUUUAAAGGAACACUUUAGCCUUAGGAAUAAAAGCAUGUAUUCCUAGCGCUAUAAUGUCCCUUCCUAGUUAUAUUAUGGUGUCCUGUCUGCCCGGUUGCCAUAAAAAUUAAAGGAACUGUAUAAGGUCAGGAACACAAACAUGUAUUCCUGACCCUACAGUGUUAAAUAAAACAUUUAGCGCCCCUGCCCCCCCACCCUCCCUCAAAAAAAAUUGCAAAAUCUUACCUUUAUUCCAGUAAGCCAAUAUAGCUCCGCCCCUCAUCUGCCUCCUUGGCUGACAUAAUCAGAAAUGAUGAUCUCAGCCAAAUACAAUACUUUCCCUGAUGAUCUCAGCCAAGGAGGCAGGGCGGGGGCGUGACCAAAUGUCACCCUGGCCAGUCAGUAUCUCCUUAUAGAGAUGUAUUGAAUCUCUAUGGGGGAAGUUCAGUGUUUCCAUGCAGAGAGUGGAGACAUUGAAUGUCAGCACUGCCCCAGGAAGCACCUUUAGUAGUCAUCUGAGAAGUGGCCACUGAAGUUAUCCCUAGACUGUAAUGUAAACACUGCCUUUUCUCAUGGACAUGGUAUUAAGCUGUAGUUGUUUUGGUGGAUAUAGUGUCACUGUAAUAAAUUAUUUACUUAUGUUUUUUCACCUCAGCGUUGCUCACCUCUCUGCCUUUUGCAACGUCAUUGAGGAUGGAUGGCCUCCUCCACUAUCAUUCAAUCCAAUGCUCCUCAUACAGGAGCACUGGGGACCUGAUGAGCCUAUGUGGCACAAGCUUUCCCGUAGGAAGAUUUUUUUCAAUGCUUUCCUAUGGGCUACCGCAUAUCAUUUUUUUACCACUUCAGUUUUGCUGAAGUGCCUCUACUGGCUAUCAGUAUGACAGUCACUGGAGGUGGACUUAACCGUACAAUGCAGGCAUUGCAGUUUCUAAAAAUAGCAGUGUAUUACAAUUGCAGGGUUAAAAGGACAGGAAUACUGUACCCAGACCAUGUCAUUAAGAUGAAGUGUCCUGGGAGACUACAGUGUCCCUUUAUAUAUAUGCCACCUUUAGAUUAAGUUGUUUUGUUGCAUGGAUGCUCCUUUAAGUUAAAGGAACAUUAUAGUCACCUAAAUUACUUUAGCUAAAUAAAGCAGUUUUAGUGUAUAGAUCAUUCCCCUGCAAUUUCACUGCUCAAUUCACUGUCAUUUAGGAGUUAAAUCACUUUGUUUCUGUUUAUGCAGCCCUAGCCACACCUCCCCUGGCUAUGAUUGACAGAGCCUGCAUGAAAAAAAACCUGGUUUCACUUUCAAACAGAUGUAAUUUACCUUAAAUAAUUGUAUCUCAAUCUCUAAAUUGAACUUUAAUCACAUACAGGAGGCUCUUGCAGGGUCUAGCAAGCUAUUAACAUAGCAGGGGAUAAGAAAAUCUUAAUUAAACAGAACUUGCAAUAAAGAAAGCCUAAAUAUGGCUCUCUUUACAGGAAGUGUUUAUGGAAGGCUGUGCAAGUCACAUGCAGGGAGGUGUGACUAGGGUUCAUAAACAAAGGGAUUUAACUCCUAAAUGGCAGAGAAUUGAGCAGUGAGGCUGCAGGGGCAUGUUCUAUACACCAAAACUGCUUCAUUAAGUUAAAGUUGUUCAGGUGACUAUAGUGUCCCUUUAAUAUGGAUAUUGCAUGGUGUGUGUGUGUGUGUGAGUAUAUGUGUGUUGUUUUUUGAACAUUUGUUAGAACAUUUGUGGUUUCAACAUUUAAAACAAACUUCAGAUACAUGUGAUAUAGUUCAGCAUUGUAAAAUGUAUAUAUUCACCUUAUAGAUAGAUAUAGGAUAAGGGUCAAGGGUCAUAAAGGAAACUCAAGGCACUGGAACCACUUUUAAAAGAACUCUACAAUAUGUCUACUUGCAAAGCUGGAGUGUGGCCCUCCACAGAGAAGCAAUGGGAAGCAAGGAACAUGCACAGCAAUCACAGUAUUGUGCUUACAAUGUUUCUCUAUUAGAAGCAGAACCUUCCAUUUUCCUAUCAGUUCUGGGAUUGGCAUCUAAUAGGGUGCAAUCUUGUCACUUUAGAUAGUCUCCACCUUUAUAAAGUGACUUAAAAGGGACACUCUUUUAACCUAAAGCAAUUUAGGUUCAUAAUCUCCUUCUCUUAAUUUCUCAUAAAGCCCAAAACACUGCAGCACAUCUGAGAACAGAACAGGAGCAGCCAGAAUCUCACUAAAUGAAAAUAAAUAUUAUUUCAAAUGCUUUUUUGGGGGAGGAGGGUAUUUCUUUCUUUUUACUAUCUUUGAUAGAGCACACAAUAAAAUGAAGUACCUGAGCUGAUUAUGCCUGGUCUGAAUUGCCAGGGUCCUGCUGAGUGAACAUAAUUUGUUUUAACCCUAACUCUAAUCCCUUGCUCUCUCGCUUCCAAGGGGAUGUAAUAGAAACUGAAUAGGAAUGUGGUAAUUUGCUACAGUCCCACCAUCCCAUUGUCUAACAUCCCAAAUUUGAAUGUAUGUGAUGCUCAAAAUGAGUAGAUCACUUAGUACCCAGCAUUUACCUUCAAUAAAAAAAAUCAACAAUGCCACUUAUAUGCAUGAGCCGAAUCUGUGGCUAUCUCCACUUAAAUUACAGGUUACUCAUUCAAUAAAUGUCAAUGCCAGUUCACAGACAAAUUGCACACAUGCAACUGUAAUAGCGCUUCUCUGAACAGCCAUGAGCACACAUGUCCUCUAAAGUCUUUAGGAUUUCAUUAGAGACUAAACACUAAAGUCAUUCUUGGCCAAUCCUCAGCCUGGAGAGGAGAUGAAUCAGGUAAUUUGUAAAAGCUGCAUUGAGGGACAGUGUAUGGAGAGUUGGAGAGUAAUUUUUUAUUUCCAUAAUGUUUUAUAUUGUUUAGAAUGCAAAAGAUAUAAUAAUAUCCAGAAAUUUUAUAUAUAUAUAUAUAUUUUAAAACGGUCUACUCCAGCCUAAAAUAAUACUGUAAUGGGUCUUGCUUUAGGUCUCUCUGAGUGGCUAUUCACUUUUCAAUAAAACGCAGUAAGAUUUAAAUAAUAUCGAUUUUUGUUAAGCAGAAUAAUACAAUUUUAGAAAGUUUUAUAUACAAGUGAUUUACCACUCCGAAGUAUAUGCAGAGGUGAUUGUGGCUAAUACACAAAACGUUUAAUUUCCUCCUCGUAUGUCUUAGCACAUUCUCAGGCACAUGUAUUGCCAACUGAAUUAUGUGAACGAGCACUUACACUACCACAUUCGCCAUUAUGUUCCUUUUAGAGGGACACUAUAGUCACCAAAGCAACUAGUUUAAUGAAGCAGUUUGGUGCCAUUUCACAGUUUACUAUGCCAUUUAGGAGUUAAAUCACUUUGUUUAUACAGCCCAAGUGACACCUCCCUGCAUGUAUCUUGCACAGCCUUACUAAAACGGUCCUUAAGGACCGCGCAUGUACCUAAUACGUCCACGGCAAAUUAGCAUGCUGGAAGCAAUCAUGAUCACUUACAGCCGCUCUGAUGGUAUUGCAGGGAUGGCUUGAUGUCGAGGCAUCGUGCAAUACCCCCUCUCACUGCCGGGCCGCUGGGUGAUCGCUCCCCUGGCCAAAUUUAGCGUUCGUAUUUGUUUUUGUGUGAAAAAGGAAAAAACUAAUAUUUACCAGUGUUUGUGACUAAGUGGCUACUAAAAAUGACUGGACAUACCCCAUUUGCAAUACCUUUGGUUGUCUACUUUUGCAAAUGGUAUGCAAUCAUGGGAGUAAUUCGGUCUCAAAGGCAACAUUACCAAACUGGCAAAUUUCAGUGUGAAAAAAAUGAAAUGCAAGCCUUAUAUUUGACUCUCUAACUUUCCAAAAUACCAUAAAACCUGUACAUGUGGGGUACUAUUAUACUUGGGAGACUUCACUGAACACAAACAUUAGUGUUUCAAAACAGUCAAACAUACUACAACAAUAAUAUUGUCAGUAAAAGUGCCAUUUGUGUGUGAAAAAUGCAAACAGCUUCACUUUUACUGAAAAUAUCAUCGUUGUAAUAAAAUUUCUCAUUUUGAAACACUAAUAUUUGUGUUCAGCGAAGUCUCCCGAGUAAAAUAGUACCCCCACAUGUGCAGGUUUUAUGGUGUCUUGGAAAGUUACAGAGUUAAAUACAGUGCUUGCGAAUUAAAUUCUCUGCACUUUCUGCUUGGGUUGUCAGGCACAUCAAUCAAAUUUUAAUGAAUUCAAUCAAUUAUGUUAGAAAAUUUUUUUAAAUAUACACGUAGAAUUUUAAUAUAUAUAUACAUAUAUAUGUAUUUAAAUUCUACGUGUAUACUUAUGCAAACAUUUAUGUAAUUAUAUAUAUAUAUCUAUAUAAUUAUUUGCAGUUAUUCGUAUUUUAUAUAUAUAGAUAUAUAUAUAUAUAUAUAUAUAUAUAUAGAAUGUCAUUCUAAGUGUAUUUUGUUACCAAUAUAUAUUAAUAAAAAAUACAGUUAGAAUGAAAUUACAUAUGUAUAAAUAAUUUAUUAAAAAUUUUUAACAAAUAUUUUAUUUAUUUAGUUUAUUUUAUUUAAUAUUGUAAUUACACGUGUGUAUAUAUAUAUAUAUAUAUAUAUAAACAUUAUAUAUAUAUAUGUAACUUCAUUCUUAGUGUAUUUUAAUACUAAUAUAUGUACUUAUAUUAGUUAUAUAUAUAUAUAUAUAUAUAUAUAUAUAUAUAUAUUAAUUUAUUUUAACAUGUGUAAUAAUAUUAUUUUUUUUUUUACUUUCCCACCAGCAGGGGGACUGCCUGACAGCACAGAAAAUCCCCCUGCAGGCAGAUCCACAGCCAGCUAUAGGGGGCCAUGUGAUCGCUUUGAGCGAUCACAUGGCCCCCAGGGGCCUGAUUUGCCAUGGCAGGGCUGCCUGGACAGUCCUCCCGAAGAGGAUCGCUGUGAAGGUAAGUACCGCGGACCACCAGGGGCUGAAAGUCGUUACGGCGUUCCAUGCCACCGUAACGGCUUUAAAGCCCAUUAUAAUGGGGACGGCACAGAACGCCGUAACGGCGUUAAGGGGUUAAACAUUAGUGAUUGGAUCAUGGUAAGUCAGUACCUUCAGUGUUACUGUUUCAAACACCUACUCAUGCUGAUUUGUUGUUAAUUGUAUGUGGACUAUUUGCAAACCCAGCAACUCUGUUCCAGGCUGCCAAUGUCAAUUCUGGUCAUAAAAUACAACUGUUAUCAGCACACACUGCACGCUGCCGACAGACGUGGUAAUCUUCCCCUUGCAGGCAGAGUGCCUGCAAGGAGAAGAUUGCUACCCCUUCCACCCUCCUUCAUUGUAGCCCUUCCACCUCCCUAUGCCAUCCGAUAUUUAUUAGCUCCAUUGUCUACAUAUUCUGCCAUAAACACACAAACACACACACAAUCUCACUCAUUCUCUCUCACUCACCCACCCACCCACUCACACACUUACUCAUUCAAACAAGCAGCAAUCUAACUGCAUACCCCUGUAGAUGUCUGAGUGCUGGGCACCCCGCAAGCAGAAUGUCCAGAAGCAUGCUGGACAUAUUGAAUAAGUGUCUGUUAGUCCAGCAAUCAGGCAAGUGUUGGAAUUCAUACAUGUACUUUUUGCUUUCUGAGUUUGUGCUCACAUCAUGUCCCAAGUGCUGCUGUGUUACUUCAAUAAAAUCUAUACAAUGUUGGUGUAUUAGUAAUAUCUCAUCUAUGUUCAAUAUUGGUAGCAACGGGUUUAACAGCUCCUUGAGCACUAAUCUACAUUUUUGUUGUGCAUUAUUUAUUAUUGGAAAAUGUACUAGUGAACGGGUUAAUGUAAACUUCUAUUGAUGUUUAUCCAAACCAAAUGCUACAUUUAGCUGGGGCCUUGCUCAAUGAUGCCUACAGUAUUACAUUUCACAUGUAUAUUUAUAUGAUGAAGGAUUGCGCAAAAACUAAAAUGUUAACCUUGAAGAACUUUUUGCCCUGCCUAUUAACUAAAUAGGAGCGUGAACAGAGAAAGUUUUUGACUUGCUCUAGAUUUAGACAAUAUUUAUAAUUGUGAAAUUGCCCAUCUUGAUCUGUUACUGUCCAAUGAAAAGAAAAAAUAUCCAAAAAUUAAAACUGAUUGGUUAGUUGUAAUAUAUCCAGUCAUUAUAUUGUGGUGUUCCCAGUGCUAUCUUACCUAACAUAGAGGGAAUGGUGGAUUAGAGUUAGAGUUCAGAUGGUAACAUCUGGUUUCAUAUACUCAAUGAGACUUCAUUCUUGACACUUCUCUUAAAUUAGCAUUUUCAAUCUAGAUUAUAGGAUAGUCUAUAUUUAUGUAGUGUAUUGUUGAACUUGUUUUUCUACUAAUGUUAUUUGCGGGCAGUGUAUUAUUGGAUGCUUGAACAAAUUAUUUUUGUUUAUUUUAAUUUCUCAUUUAUCGACAUUCUUUGCUAGACACAAAUGGAAGCAGAAUUUGUUCAAGGUGGCAGGCUUAAGCCUUUAAGCAUGGUUUAAAGGAAUACUAGAAAUAAAUAAUUUUUUAUACUUUUUUAACACACUAGGCUAACUUGUUGUUUUGUUUUUUUUUAAAUCAUAAAAGAAGCCAUAAACUAACCCCCAAUUAAUAACUAAAAUAAGUCUGUCUCCUCACUGCUUGCCGAUUCUCCUCUGAUGAAGUCAAGGCUGAUGACAUUUGCCCAGUCAGAUGAUUCUCAUAGAAAAUCAUUGACUUCACACAGAGAAUGGCAUCGUCAUACUUUGCAUGCUGACACCAGACAUGAAAUAGAUUCAGUAACUGGCUCUAGUCAAAAGUUCCUAAUGGCUGUCUGGCAGCACUAGUAGGUGGGGAAAUUGCGAAAUGCAAACAAUUCUGUUUUUUAGACACAGCACUAUUUGCAGCACCAAAGCAGCAUUUGUGUCAAAAAAGUGAAAAAAUCCUUAAAGUGAUUUUAGUACUGUCCUUUUUAUAAAAUAUCUCCCAGAAUGAUGUAAUGUGCAAAAUAAAAAUUAAAUUCAUGUUUUUUUCAAAGUGCUUUAAUUAAUAUUUUUUUUGCUUGAAAACCAGAUUUAAAAAUAUUUUAACAAUUUCUUCAUUUAUUUAAAGUUUUUACAGAGUAAUUAAUAUUAAACAUGAAUGCACUUCCAUAACAAAUACAAUAAUAUGGCAAUAUUUUAUAUUUAUAUUUUUUAUAUGUGUAUAAUCAUAUUCCCCCUUCUAAAAUAGCCUGAUUAGAAUGUAAUAAAAAAGACACAUUAAUUUCUGUUACUUUAAUGCAUUACAACUUCCAUAGAGCCUGUACUGCAUAAAAAAAGUAGGUGGACGAAAUGGGAAAAAUUGCAUUUCACUUCAUCCUUAAUAAAAUUGUCUUUACAUCAUGUUUAAGAGAUAUUUCUGUUUCAGUUUCAUAAUUCCUUAGCCAAGUUUAUUUACAAUGCAAUAACAUACAUUUUUAAAAAUGCUAAUUGUAUAAUUAUUAUGAUAGCCAGGUCUAUGCAUUGAAACAAAAAAUGAUGGUAUCUUUUAAAAGAUCUAAAACAUUUUUAAAAAUUUACUCCAAAAUAUUAAAUGUCAGAUACUGAAAACAUCUAAAGCGUGACCGAUUUUUUUUUACAAUUUCUCUUCUUCUGCUUUUCUAAAGGUUCGCAGAAAUUGCUUUCAGCUAACCACAAUAGUCUGUCCAAUAAGUACACCACAGGGACUGAGAACUGUGACUUUUUUUCCAAACUGUUCUAGUCUAAAUGCUGUGUAUUACAUACCCCAACUCCCGGUUUAGUGAACACAGUCCUGUGAUAGAAGAUUUCAACAGAUCAUCUCAUCAGUGCAUCAGUGCAGAGUUUGAAACUCAGUGCGUAUAGAAACCAAAAACCAAAAAAGUGUAAUAUGAGUGUGGUGAAAUGUGGAGUUUUUUUACUAAACACUUGUUUCAGAGGAUAGUCCUUAACAAGAAAUAUAUUUUUUAAAUGGUUGCAUUAAAUUUGUCAUAUCUGUAAAGAUCUGUAUAUCAGCAAAGUUACAAAAUGCACUGUGUUUAAUUAAUCUUGAAUUGAAUUAAAAUGACUGAAGAGUUCACAUUUAAUAAGGGAUGACUUAUUGAAUGCUCUGUAGAGGUUUUAAUGUCCCGCAAUUUGUCAAACCUGUCCUUCUGUGGGUGAUGCAACCUGUAGUUCAACAAGACCAAUUCACAGUAUACAAUAAUCAAAUUAAAACGUUGUAAAGCUAAAAACCUUUUGAAAAAGUUUAUUUUAUUUAUUAAAUGUAUAGUGUCUCCUACCACCAACAGUUUAAAUUUUAACCAUGGAGAUAAGCAUAUAACAUACGUUUUCUGAUCUAUUUGUGCUAAAAUAAAUGUCUGAGAUUUUCUGUUUACCAGUUGUUUAAACGUUUCAUUCUAAUGUCUGAUUUAGCCAUUCACACAACAUUUAAAAAAAUAUAUCAUAUAAGUAACCCUUACUUGAAACAAGCAGAAAUUUAGGGGAUUAUCCAUUAAAAUAGUUAAGAGAUGAAUGACAAAAUAGAAAUGCCAACUUUCCUAAUUCAAGCUACAUCAGCCUAUGUUUUUGUAAAUUAGUUGUCAACAACUCACAAUAAACUGUUGUGAGUGCACCCCAACGUCUCAAAUAUGACAAAAUUGCAGCUCAUCACUGCAAAAACAAUAGUUGGCAACAAAUGAUGUGAGGAAAUGAAGCUUGGCCUUUUUUUUCUUUCAGUCUAUUUUCCCUUUUAAUUACAGCUCUGUUCUGUGGUACGUGCAUGUAUGUGAGACUGGCGCAUACCAUUUAAGAUGCUUUCCGCUAUAAAUGUGUAAUGAGUUAAGGUUGAUCCGGUUAAGUUUGUCACUGAUUGUUUCUCUCUCAACAGAUCAUAGAAAAACGCCGGCGUGAUCGUAUCAAUAACAGCCUGUCUGAAUUAAGACGACUUGUGCCGACCGCUUUUGAAAAACAAGUACGUUUUCACUAAAUCAUUUUUAUUCUCUACGCCUAGGAUCUGGGAAUUGCUGGUUCUCUUCUAGGCUCAUUAAAGUAAUAUUGCAUGUGGCCUUAUCUGGCACUGAAUAUGCUUUUCAAUUAAAUGCUUUGUUGUGGCAAAACUGUUAAUAUGUAACCUGAUCAUGAAAGUGGGUAAAAAAAAAAAUUCCAUUUUGGUUGCCUGUGCUUUUCCCCUAGGGACAUAGUCAUUCAUUUUGUCUCAGAUCAUCUUAAAGAAAUGUUAUGGCUGCUUUGUAACAGAAAGAAACAUAAUGGGCAAAAAAUAUUAAAAUAAGAAAAAUAGGAGAGAUUUUAUUCCAGUGAAAGAAAUGCUUGCAGACUCUUUAAUCAUGGUCUUCCAUGUGUUGGGGCAAGAGGGAAUGUUUUCUGCUGCUUGGAAUGAAGAACAGUCAAUUAAAGUCCAGAAAUUGAUAAUGUGCUUCCUCUCAGCCCUUGAACAGGGCACUGGAUUAUGAUGUCAUGUUCUAGUACUCAGCUUCAUUAAGUUACACAAGGAUGGUUCGGGUAUGCAUUUUAGAAGUCUGUGGAGUCGAUACACAGCUCCCUUCCUAUCCAUCCAGGUAAAAUAAGCAAAUAGAUGACAAUGACAUAUUUCCUGUUUACCUUGUCCUUGUCUUUUAAGGCCCACAUUUAGUUUUUGUUUAGAAUUCUGCACAGAGCACUUUUCACUAUUUUAUAAUACUAUUCUUGACUACGUUGGAAUUUCAUUAAAAUUACAACCCAUUCCAAAAAUACCAUAAGACAUAGUAGGCACAUCUUUGUAUGAUAGCAAAUUGGACGUUUAAAUAAGUUGACAAAAAAGCAGAGCUGACCAGUAAUGGCUGUGGGAUUCAUUUAUGAUCUCGUUCAACACAAGAUGUCAUCUGUGGAAACUCACAAGUUCUCACGGUAUCCUCCAUAGACCUCAGUGUUGUACUCUCCUGCAUGCAAAUUAAGCUUCAGGAGCUGAAGAAGACCAAGAGGAAGAAGAUAGGACAGCUUCAGGUAAGUAAAACGUAUCUUCCUGUGCAUUCCUCAGCCCCGCUACCUAAGCAAAGAUGUCCUAAUCAGGGGAUUUGUCUAAAUAUGCAAAGAUUCACAAAAGAUAUAGAUCCACUUCAGGUGUAUACAUUCAAAUAGGGGUCAAAUUUAGUGACAAGGGAUCUACUUUUUGGUAGUCAGGUUACCAUGAUCUACCAUUAUUAACACUACAUAAAUGACCCCAUAUAUAUACACUCUGGUACAAAGAUAAAUAUAUACAGCUAUGUCCAAACUCUCCUAUGCAUACACGAAUACAGGCAUAUCUACACUUUACGUGCCUAUUUAGUCAUCCCACAUUCUCUGAUACAUACGGAUGGUCAUACUCACAUCCUCUCAUCGUAUGCUGUAUAAGACAUACAGUUUAAGAUGUAUGGGAAUGUGUUGGUGUACCUAUAUGAAUGGAACUUGCUAUGUAGCAAAAUGACUAGGUGUUUCAACCCGAGAGUGAAUUUUGUGGGCCAUUAGACAUAUAUUGACUUAAAGGGACUCUCCAGUGCCAGGAAAACAUAUUAGUUUUCCUGGCAAUGCAGGACCCUGCAGUGCCCCCCUCCCUCUCACCCCCAUCCCAUGUUGCUGAAGGGGUUAAAACAGCUUCAGUGACUUACCUGAGUCCAGCGCUGAUGUCCCUCGGCACUGGGUCAGGCUCCGCCUACUCUCUUCCCCUGCCAAUAUCAGCCAGUGGGGGAGACCUAAUGUGCAUUAGACUUCCCCAUAGGAAAGCAUUAUUCAAUGCUGUCCUAUGGGGAUUUCGGCAGUGCUGGAGGUCCUCACAUAGCGUGAAGACGUUCAGCGUUGUUUAAACACUUUUCGUGUUCUGUGAACAAGGAAGUCCCUCUAGUGGCUGAUAGACAGCCACUAGAGUAGGACUUAACCCUGCAAGGUAAUUAUUGCAGUUUAUAAAACUGCAAUAAUAAUACUUGCAGGGUUAAGGGUGGUGGGAGUUGGCACCCAGACCACUCAUAUGGGCAGAAGUGGUCUGGGUGCCUGGAGUGUACCUUCAAACAAACAAAAGGGGGAAUGGAGGUUGCGCCAAGAAGUGAAAACCAGUAUAUGAGUAGAGAUAACAACAAAAGGAUACAAAACCAAAGGAUAAAAAACAAAAUAGGUUUAAAAAGUAAUAGUAAUAAAAUUUCCAAUUUAAAGUUCCCAUAAAAACUUGCCUCUAGAUAUAGCCUCAGUUCUGUCAGGGAAAUUAUUCUAUAGAGAGACAGAUCAAGGUAGUCUUAGAAGCUGUAUAUAAAAACAGAGAAAAAAGACUAAUAGUGCUAUAUAUCCCAGAAGAAGACAAUAUCAAUAAAACAAGUCCUAUAUAGUCCUACUCAUGUUUUUUAGAGAUUAAAACCAGCUCUAGUAUGAAUAGCGUACAGUGGUAUAAUACCCAUUUAUAAGAUACGUGAGGAGAUGUUGAUAGGCAGGUGUUUGCUCAAUAUGAAGACCAUAAAGGGUUAAAAGAAACAGCAAUAGUGGUCACCGUAUAAAAGAUGCCAGGAGUAUAAAAUAAUGAUAGGUUACUCACAUUUGAUUAAGCAGACAGACUGCUCAAAGUAUAAGGUGUAAGUGGUAUAAUCCCCACCUUGGAUUCCUUAGGAAUAGUCCUCACUGGAACAGUGAAAACGGAUGCCAGGUAGAAGAUAAAAAAAUAAAAUGAUAACAAAUAAAAAGUAAAAUGGCACACUGACAAUUGAAAGUAGAAAAAAUACCUUUAUUCAUGAACAAUAUUAAAAUAAACAAUAUAAAAUAUCCACAACGCAUUUCACCAUCAAGGCUUUAUCAAGUGGAAAUAAAACAUCUAACCUGACAAGGGUUUUAUAGGAAAUAUAAGCAUGGCAAAUUUUAAAUUUGGCGACAAAAUGAUGUCAAUAAUUUAUUUAAUAAAUUAUUCUAUAAAACAUAUGGUAAGUAAAUGUAAGAUUGUGUGGUUAUGUAUUUACUUAAAGGGACACUUUAGACACGAAAAUAACUUUAGCUUAAUGAAGCAGUUUUGGUGUAAAGAUUAUGCCCCUGCAGUCUCACCGCUCAAUUCUCUGCCAUUUAGGAGUUAAAUAAUUUUGUUUCUGUUUAUGCAGCCCUAGCCACACCACCCCUGGCUGUGAUUGACACAGCCUGCAUGAAAACAAAAUGAUUUCAUUUUCAAUCAGAUGUAAAUUACUUUAAAAGUUUUUAUCUCCUGCUCUGUAAAUUAGGCAUUAAAGGACCACUAUAGUGCCAGGAAAACAUACUCAUUUUCCUGGCACUAUAGUGCCCUGAGGGUGCCCCCACCCUCAGGGUCCCCCUCCCACCCGGCUCUGGAAAGGGGAACAGGGGUAAAACUUAACUUUUUCCAGAGCUGGGCAGGGAGCUCUCUGCCUCCUAUCCUCCUCCGUUCCUCCCCGUCGGCUGAAUGCACACGCGCGGCAAGAGCUGCGCGCGCAUUCAGCCAGUCGCAUAGGAAAGCAUUAUCAAUGCUUUCCUAUGGACGCUUGCGUGCUCUCACUGUGAUUUUCUCAGUGAGAAUCACGCAAGCGCCUCUAGCGGCUGUCAAUGAGACAGCCGCUAGAGGCUUUGGGGGAAGGCUUAACCCAUUUAUAAACAUAGUAGUUUAUAAAAAAAAUGGGUUAACCCUAGCUGGACCUGGCACCCAGACCACUUCAUUAAGCUGAAGUUGUCUGGGUGCCUAGAGUGGUCCUUUAACUACAAACAAGAGGUUCCUGCAGGUGCUGGCAAGCUAUUAGUAGAGCAGGAGAUAAGAAAUUCUAAAUUAAAAAGGAUUUGCAAUAAAGGAAGUGUAAACAUAAGACGAUUAUUAACUGGAAGUGUUUAGAAAGGCUGCGUAAGUCACAUGAAGGAAGGUGUGCCUAGGGCUGCAUAAACAAAGUGAUUUAACUCCUUAAUGGCAAAGAAUUGAGCAGUGAGACUGCAAGCGAGUGGUCUACACACGAAAACCGCUUCAUUAAGCCAAAGUUGUUUUGCCGACUUUAGUGUAGUUUUAAGUCCGGCCCUAUUAUAGUUGUCACAUUAUAACAUGUCCAGUAUAACAUGCUGAGAGAGUAAUAACACCUGCAAGUGCUUAUUUUCUAAUAACCCUUUGUACAUUAUGGAAACAGCAAGUGUUUGUAGGUUGUAGCAGAAUGCUUCUCUCAAUACUACUUCCAGCGCUUUUUCUGUAAAGUUCAUCUCAGUUAGGACCAGCCCCAUCACUGAGGUUCCAUCCCAUGACUGCAGAGUGCUGGAACCUCCUCUGAUUAUCCUCUGAUUUCCCUCCCAUGGCUGUGUGAUCUCUUUACACUAUGUAGUUGUGGUGCAAGCUGCUGUGUGCUCAAUACAAAUGUAGGAUAUGGCAUAUUUGUCCCCACCUCUCACACAGCACUCUAGCUUAAAGCUGGCAUUUGAAUACAGCCUGUCACGUAUUCAUCCGCACAUUAAAAUGUGGUUAAUGGCGUUUACUAUCUUGACAUGAAAAGUUGUGCCGAGCAACAUUACCGUCCUGACAGGAAAAGUUGUGCCGAGCAGCAAUCAUGCACAUGGAAACCUGGUAAUUGCCUUUGGGGUCAAAGUCCGGUUACAGCCAAUCGGAUCCACAGGAGGGGUAUUUAAACCCAAUUCUCCUCUUGCUCAUUGCGCUGUCGUGGUUUCAUGCCUAUGGUUAUCACAGAGUGUGUUCCUGAUCUUGAUUUUCUGGUAUUUGACUUUGGCUUUGGUUUGACUUCACUGAUAUCUAGAAUCCUUGACUUUUGUCUUUCCCUCAUCUUUGUGUCUGAUUCUGUGUCCCUGACCUCGCCAAGUAUUUUGACUAUUCUUGGAGACGUUAAGUCUGGCCAUUCUAAGGUCCGGUUAUACAUUAUCCUUAGUCCUAGGUGUGACACAGUACUGCGUGCUGGAUCAACCUGUACUCCUGACACAGCCAGAGAGAACAGCCAACCCUCCCACAGCUCUUAGUGAAUGGACCGACCAUACUUCCCCCACCUCCUCACCACACCCAGUAGAAAUCAUGAAGACCAUGGCUGCAUGUAUACAGAAUGUGCCAGCUACACACGUGCGAUAAAACAGUGUGUUCUCACAGGUCUUCUGGUAGAUCGACUAUUUGUCCAAACCAUUAAAGGACCACUAUACGCACCCAGACCACUUCAGCUCAAUGAAGUGGUCUGGGUGCCAGGUCCACCUAGUGUUAACCCUGCAGCUGUAAACAUAGCAGUUUCAGAGAAACUGCAAUGUUUACACUAGGGUUAAUCGAGCCUCUAGUGGCUGUCUCACGGACAGCGCUAGAGGCGCUUGCGUGCUUCUCACUGUGAAAAUCAGCCCGACGGGAGGGGGCCAUGAGGUUGGGUGGACCUAAAGUGCCAGGAAAACGAGUUUGUUUUCCUGCCACUUUAGUGGUUCUUUAACUGUUACCAGAGUUAUUUGAAAUUAUUUGAUAGAUAUUGAAGUUCUAAAUGAAAGGGUUACUGCAAGCAUCAUAUCCACUACAACCCACUGUAGUGGUUAUGAUGUUAGGUGUAUCCUGGUGGCCUCUCCUGGCAUGGGAGAAACCAUUUUGCAAUUAUUAAUUAAGUUCAUACAGUAUCUGACUCCAUUAUCUACUAGGCAGAGGGGAGGGAUUGUAUGUUUGUAUAUGGGAGUGUCAUGCAUUUAAACACUGUUGUAAUUGGUCUGUGACUUUAUAUUUUAGUUCCCCACAAGGUACCCCUUGCAUGGGGAUUGUCAUAAAAGGCCAAGUGUGGCACCAUUAAAGUCUGUUCUCUUCACCUUCAACACGCAACCUUGUCUUGUGUUGAAACAAAAAGUCAAAUUUUAAAUGUAUCAAAUGCAAUAUGGAAAAGGAGGCCAGAAGGUGUAAGAAAAUGUUCAUCUUUACAAUAGUGAUAUUGGCAGUCAUGUGUCUACUCAAUUGGUUGUUGUACAUUUUUCUUUUUUGUGCACUUGGAAAUGGAAAGAAUAUCAGUUAAAAGUCUGUAAAUUUGACAACACUUGUUUUCAAUGGGGGUUGAAUACUUUUGAUUACAGCUAUGUGUAAAGCUGUAGAUUGUGGCCAUUGCAUGUUAUGCAAUAUUCUAGGUGUUUGCAUCUAGGGAAUUUAUAGAAAGACAUUAACAUUGCAAAUUAAGUUAUAUUUUAACCGAUCAUAUCCAUCAAACAUAUGUACAUCUAUUUUUAGCAGUGGAAUACUGCCUCUUCUAAAGGCUUGAUUUAUAGCGCAUUAAUGCAUGGGCAACAGGGCUUUGAAAUAGAUUUUCUCCAUGCAUUAGAAUGCAUUCUUAUAUACCUGCAUUACAAAUCUUAAAGGAAGACUCCAAGCACCAUAACCACUACCGUUCACAUUGUAUAUCAGCACUGUGCGUCUGUUUGAAAAUGUGUCCUCCAAUACCAGGACAGCAGGUCUGUCGAAAUGUGUCCCUUACUUACAGCACUGUGUGUGUCUGUUGCAGCAUGCUGUCAGAAUAGCUCAGGUUUCCAGGUAUAGUUCAUAUAAUUAUUGUCUUGUCUAGUAUCCCAAAGGCUUUUUGAAAGUGGCUUUUUAUUUUGACAAUUGUAAAGAUUUCAUAUUUUAGCAUAGCAGGGGCACAGUGUAACCCAGACUAAACAGUCUUCUGUAUACGGAGUAGUACAUAAUUUGCAAGAUUUCUUUGUAGCUAUGUCACUGCCAAGGGGGGUUUUGCCACUCUGAAGCUUAAACAUGCUUAUCUAUACGUUGUCUUGGGAAUAUUUGGAUAGAAAGGUUUCUUAUUGAGGUUUUAAAUACGGUAUGCUGUGCAAUCUGCUGAAAUCCUGGAAUAAUAGCAUUCAUUCAUGGCACAGAUCUAUUUAAAUAUAUGGAAUACUCACAAUUUUGGAAAACAGCAUACAGGCCCUUAAUUGAAAAAUAAAAAACAAUGUUCCUUAGAAGUAUAAAAAUAGUCUAUGUAAUAAUUUCUAUAUUGCAAGUUAGAUUGUUCUUCAUAAAACCACACAAAUUACACAAAUCCUUCUUGUGCUGUUUUAAUUCAGCGGUAUUUUUUCCAUUUUUGUUAAUACACUGUAUGUUUGCCAAAGAGACAUAUGAUCACCAUUAAACUUCAAUACCACACUUCAAGUAUAAAUAGGAACUCCAGUAUAAGAUGUAUAUUCCCUCUGGUGACACAUAGAAAUCAACGAUAUACAACAUGACACGUACAAUGAAAGUCUUUAGAAGCCACAAGUUAAAAGCUCAUCUAAUGCACAUAGGAAGUCUGUUUCUAGCUGAGCAUGCUUGAUGUGGUUACCCAGAGUUCUACACAACCAACACAGCACAUGGAAAUAGCAAAGACACAAAACAUGACUACAAGAAAAUUCACAUGCAUGCUUUUAAGCAUUUUAGUCAUUUAUUUUUCAAAAAGGGGCGGGGGGGGAGGGAUUUAGGACAUGCCAAUAGUGACAAGGCGACUUUAAAGGAACACUAUAGUGUCAGGAAUGCAAACAUGUAUUCCUGACACAAAAGUUUUAAAAUCACUGUUUAAGUCCCCGCCGGUCUCACCAUGGCUUGCUGCACCUCGCUCCGUCUCCUUGGCUGAGAUCAUCAAAUUUGAUAGUUUUUUUUUAAACCCAAACAGGAACUUCUAUAUGAUAAUCUUCCAUGCAGAAUCUGCACUAUUUAUUUGUACAGUACAUGAUAGAUUGACCCUUUAUUUUCCAGGUUCUAAUACUAUUCCAUUUUGAUAAAACCCUAGUGGUGAAACGCAUUAAUGGUUUUAAAUAUUGUGUAAUUUAUAUAAUAAAAGAUUUUUGGCUAGAUUUCUGCGCCAUUACCUUUUUACACACUAUUUUACUUUCCUGGCAUUUUACUCAUUUUAACCACUUAUCCUGAGGUGGGGAUUAUACCACCAAUCCUACUAUUAGAGUGCAGUGACAUCUGCACUCUAUUUGUGAGUAUAUUUUAUUUUAUUUUUUUUCUAUAUUACAUCACAUCAUCAGAGAGCACUAUUUGCUGUUUUUAUUCUCCCCUUUUCCUGAGAAUUGGACACCACUGUCGACUGGAGGAUAAGCACCCACAUAUCCCAUAAGCGGGGAUCAUUCCGCUGUAUGCCUGUUACACUUGAGCUGGCCAUAGCUCAUUUAAAUGUGAGUGUUUCAUUUAUAUUUUAACUUAUUUAUUAUUCAUCCUAUACACUCUGCACGAUUGGUCCUUGUGUGUCUUCCAUAUCACAAGACGAUUUGGACUACUAGAAAUAUAGAAGACACUCUACCAGCAAAUACAGUGACCAAGUCUAUUGAACUUCAGAUAUUCUUAUUGGACUUUCUUUUACAUAUAUAUAUUAUUAUUUUUUUAUCCUUUAUUGUAUUUUUAGUACUAUUUAUCACGGCGCAGCCUUUUUUCUCCUUGUUGCACGUUUUAAAUAGAGAGGGUGAGAUUGCUACGCUCUGUAAGGUUGCUGCCUAUACACUAUAUUAUUAGCGCUAACCUACCCCUUUUUAUCUAUAUGAUCCUUAAUUGUUAACAAAAUUAAAAUUAAUAUUAUUUUGGUUUUUCUUCCUAUGACUUUAUUUUUUGUCAUUAUUAGUACAAGUUGCAUUAUCAAGGGAAAGAUAAGUUUGGCAUGACAGUGCCGCUUUAAGGCAGAAAUCUUGUUUGAGCAUUGCCCUCUUCAACAUUUCAACGUUUGACUUAAUUUGUUAGUUUGCAAUUACAUGCCUUUUUGUUUACACAUUGCAAAGUGCUACAGAAUAGGCUUGUGUUUCAGAAUAAACCAUUACUGUUGUAUGCAGUGAUCAUGAGACCCUUGUUGCUUGUCAACAAUUGUACAGCACUACAGAAUAUAUUCAGGGCCGGCCUGUCCAUAGGCCCCGGUGGAGCCAUGGCUCCAGGCAGCACUCUGACAGGGGCGGCAUUUUGCCGCCCCUGUCAUAAUCUAAAACAGGAUUUCCCAACCUAUGGCGGCAGCAGCACCGCACGGGUUGGGAACCUGUGUGAGGGUCCAUCGGGUGGCCCAUGCCCUUAGGGCCACCCGAUGGACAUAUGCAGUGAGGGGACCAGUCGUGCGUUGUGGCGCUUUAACAGCACGACCGGGCCCAUUCUAUCCGCAAAGAGAGCUGGGAGGAAGUGACAGCGUAUCACUUUCUCCCAGCUCACACAGAGCCAGCCGUGCGGGAGAAGGAGGAGGGAGCCGCGAGGAUGGGGCCGGAUCGGCAUAGCAGGCCCCUAACUACCACCAGCCACAGCCAGUAGAAGGUAAGAACCUGCUGGGUCACAGGCAUCUGUAUAUUUUAUUCCCAUUUACAGAAAAUCCAGAAAGCAUCUUGCAAAAAAAGAACUUUGGUUAUGUGAGUCUUGUUUUAUUCCACAGCUGGACUAUAACAAUUAAAAUGAUAACUAAAAAAUUAUCACACCACGUUGAAAACAUUUUGAAUUGUUAUUCUUGCAAAUUCGUGCAAAUCAUAGAACACUCUUGUCGCCUUAUGAUUGAUUUAUUUUGUGUCAGUAUGAUAUGUUACUAUCCCUCCCAAUAAUUGGGACUGGGGUCUUGGGUAGAAAUACCUACAAUGUGUCAGCCUGGCUGGAAUAUGGAGCAUGUGGUCCGCGUGGGGAGAUGGAAGUAUUGCCCAUUACUAGAUUGCAUUGAAUCAAUGAAUCAGAGUAAAGUGUAAACCCUUUAUGUGUUAUGGCUUCCUCCUGGGGUCUAAGACCACUACAGGAGUAAAAAAAGAAUUCCACCAGACACCAGGGAAGAUCCCAUUCUAAAGCCUAAAGUUAGGCAAAACAUGAGAGUGGCUUAAAUACUAUAUAUGGGUCGUAUAUAUUUUAUUCUCAUUUAAUUUAUUAACCUGGAAGUAUUUAUAUCUCUAUGUAUCUGGAAAUGUGUAUCUGAUCAUGGGGUAUGUUUGUAUGUGUGCCUGAGGGAUGGGGUAUUUUUCUAUGUUUGUGUCUUGGAGUGGGCUUGUUUGCACGUGUUUGUCUGAUAUGGGUUUGUUUGUUUGUAUGUGUGAGUGGGAGUGGGUAUGUUUCUGUCUGGAAGUGGGUACAUUUGUAUGUGUGCUUGGGAGUUGGUAUGUUUUUAUGUGUGAGUGGGAGUAGGUAUGCUUCUGUCUGGUAGUGGGUAUGUUUGUAUACGUGUGUUUGGGAGUGGGUAUGUUUGUGUCUGGUAGUGGGUAUGUUUGGUGGCUUACUUUUUUGAAUGUGUGUGUGUGUGUGUGUAUGUAGUGUUGGUAUCUGUGUGUUUGUAUGUGUGUAAUGUUUGUAGUGUGUGUUUUUUUUUUUUAUAAUUCUUUAUUUUUUCAAUGACAGAGAAAAAUUGUACUAUGCAGUCAUAUGGCUUGCGCAGAAGCCGCAUUGUGAAUACAAAAAAGAGCAAAUGUUGCCAAUAGGAGGUACAUACGGUAUUCAUAACAUUGCAUGUACAUCAUUUGCAUUCAGGAUCUGGCUGCCAUUGGUUUACCAGAAUUGUACAUAGACAAACAUAAACAUAAAUAAAAAGAACAACCCAACGGUAAUGUAAGAACUUGGAUAGUGUAUCGUUUCUUUGUGUUUAAGUUGCCAUCUGGUUUUGAUGGUGUAGUGUGUGUUUGUGUGUCUCUGUGUAUGUGUAGUGUGUGUGAGUUUGUGUAUGUGUAGUGCGUGUGUCUGCAUGUGUGUAUACUGUAUGUGUGUAAUGUAUAUCUGUGUGUAUAGUGUGUAUCUGAAUGUGUGGUUGUAGUGUGUGUAUCUGUAUGUGGCAGUGUCUGUGUGUAUAUACUUACAAAUCAGGUGGAGUGUAAGGUGGACCUUGACUUCAGGUAUCACAGACAGCUGAAAAUAAAGAGAACACAGCCUAGUGCAAUAUAGUCUGAUACAAUUAUAUGUAUAGUAAUCAACAGAUAUUAUACUCACAAACACAGAGCCAAUUACACUAGGCUCAAUGAGUAAGCUGGUGGGAAUAUUUGGAGGGAUCCCACUCCCUGGCUGAGCAGAAUCCGUGCUGUGUCAAGGAUCUUCCGCUUAGUAACUUCCCAGGGUCAAAGAUCUUCCCUUAAUAAUGCUCCAGGGUAUUAAAUAAUGGUAAAAAUCCAAUUCAUUUGACACAUAAAAAUAGAAAUAAAAUAACAAGCAGUAAAUACUGCUAAGUCUCUAGGGAGUUAAAUACUUGCAAAACGCGUUUCACCUAGAAAGGCUUCCUCAGUUGCAUAGACGUCUUGUCCUGGCGCCAGUCUUAUAUAGCUUACCUUUUGAUUAUCGAUCCGGAUCCCCUGUGAUAGCAGUGAGUGACUUCCGUCUCCCUCCUAUGACGUGUCACUCCGCCGUCUUCACUCUAAAGCUGUACUUCCGGUUUCGGUCUGUAUUCGGAACGCAUGUGCGUUCCACCUUCGAGAUAAACUUUAUUGUUGUAGCGCUUUGUGGACUUCUACUUUAGAUCAAGUGUUACAUGAAUUUGUCCUAAUAUUACACACACUUUUAUUAAAAAUAGGAGUAGGUGAUGUGUAGAGUCCCACAAGGGGAAACCAACAUCAGGAGAGCUCCACUGUAUAAGAAAUGAGUAUAAUAAAUGAGGAAGGGAGGCCCUACCUUUAAUCAAUCUAAGGAUAAAAAGGGAUAUGCAAACAAAAAGUAUAACUUGAAAAAAAGGGAGUUCUACUAAACGGUGCCCAGGGGAUCAAUUGUCUGGAGUACUAGCUAGCAUCUAAGUUCCAGUUCCCCUAGUGUCCGACUGACAGGAAGGUAGUGUAAACGAGGUUAGGGAGAGAGAAGAGGCACGGGUCCCCGGAGGCACAGAUCUCUCUUUUUUUCAAUUUAUACUUUUUGUUUGCAUAUGCCUUUUUAUCCUCAGAUUGAUUAAAGUUAGGGCCUCCCUUCCUCAUUUCUUAUACAGUGGAGCUCUCCUGAUGUUGGUUUCCCCUUGUGGGACUCUACACAUCACCUACUCAUAUUACCUACAUAUUUUGGAGGGUUACCCCCUCUUUGGAGCUCCCUAUUAGGUGGUUACAGUGGUGCAGCUCAUGAGCCCUUGACUUGUAUCCGGACUCCUGACCUGCACUCUGUUUACUUUAUUUCUCCAUUUUGUUAUUAAAAAUACAUUGUUUACUGUAAACGUUGCAUCACUUAUGAAUAUUUUUACAGAUUUCUUGUGUAAGAGAUAUGUCCGUAUAUUAGCACUUUAUUAAUUUAACUAUGCACAGUUAUAUCAGAAACAUCUGUUCCUAUGAUGGAUGCAGAUUUUUGAGCUUGUCAUUCCCCCAUAGAAGAUAUACAAUGACAUACACUGACAUAAACAUCUAAAAGGCUUAACGUAAGUGUAAGGAAACUCAGUCUCAAAUUAUUGAUCAGGUGCCAUAGAUUGAAAAUUCAGUUUGCUCAUUCCAGUUUGUUUUCAAGGGUGCUGUUUCAUAGUUGUCGCUGACAACUGAAUACAUUGGUGUGAAAAUGCCUUCAGAACUAAAUUAACACCAAUUUACUGGAACAUGUUUGGUAUUUUAUCUAGAGUAGCUAUAGUUUGUAAUGACAGCAAAGAAAAUUUGUUAGCGUGUUCUAAAAGCAUUUCGUUGGAAAACACAUAACAGUCUCUGUUCCUGUAUGUCCAGUGGUCUGAUCUCAAUUAUGUGUCUGUUAGUCCACCCAUUGUACAGCGCUACAGAAUUUGUUGGCACUAUAUAAAUAAUAAAAUAAUAAUAAUAAUAAUAUGAACUUCUUGGUAAAAGGUUGCAGGGACUCUGAUACCCGCUGAUUACUUAAUCUGCUGAGUUGUGCCAGCAAAAUUAUUCCAGUGUACAACCAAGAUGAAGUUAGAUUGCCAUGAGAUAUGGUCCCUAAUAUUGGUCAUAGUUCUGUAAACAUAACAGUAGCAUAUGUUUUAUGAUCAGGGCAGGAAAUUAUCUUUUGUAUACAAUUUUACAAUGUUAAGUAACCAGCUAAGCAUUUAUAUAAUCAAUGUACAAGGAAUCCUUCCUGUGUAGUUUUGCAAUAGAGUAUGUGAGCACAAUGUGUAAGGUAAAUCUGUUUAAGGUAAAUGCCUUUCGUGUCAUUUGUCAAAAAGGGAUCUGAUGUCUUUUUCAUUUUACGGAAAAGCUAUCCUUUGAUGGUGUUUCAGUAAGUUCCCAUAUUCAUUUAUUUAUUUAUAAAAUAUUUUACCAGGAUGGAUACAUUGAGAUUUCUCUCGUUUUCAAGUAUGUCCUGGGUCUUUGUCCACUAGACAUGUGCAAUUCGUUUCGGGCCGAAUAUGAAUUUGGACGAAUUUUGGGCAAUUUGGACAUUUCCGAAUGUCCGAAUAGCCUAAGUUCCGAAAUUGCUGAAGUGCCGAAGUUCCGAAGCACAGUAUUUCCUAAGUACUAAUAUACUUAUCCAGUGGAAGAAGAAGAAUGUUACACUGUAUAGUAUUUUAAAUAAAAAGUAUACAAACAAAGCCAGGAUUCAGCUGUAAGCCUUUGCAACACUUACAACAUUCAAAUAAAAUGUAAGUUACUUGGCCAGUUAUGUAAUGACAGGAAUAAAUAAGUAGAUAACUCCCUAAUUCCCAAGGUAUUAGGGAUCUAUCUACUAAAAGGCUGAAAGACCAAUUUAGUAAACAUUACUUAAUAUUAGUAAAUUAUGCCCCUACUCGCUAUACCGCAUGAAAAAAAAACACAUCCCCCUCCUAACCUAAAGGGGGGCCCUAAAGUAAAGUAAUGGGGGGGGGACCUAUUGUCCUCCCCCACCCGGCCCCCACCCCAUAGCGGUGGGUAGGGGCCCUAACUACCAAUUGGGGGGGACCUAAUGUCCUCCCUCUGGCCCCCACCCCUGAGCGGUGGGUGGGGGCCCUAAAUUAGAAUGAGGGGGGGAUUAGUAUUUAGGGUCCCCGACCCACCGCUCAGGGGUGGGAGCCAGGGUGGAGGACAUUAGGUCCUUCCCCCUCAUUCUAAUUUAGGGCCCCAACCCACCACUCAGGGGUGGGGGUCUGGGGGGAGGACAAUAGGUGCCCCCCCAAUAUUUUACUUUAGGGCCCCCACCCGCUGCUCAGUGAGCAACCAGUGGCUAAAUGACUAAAUGUUUAAUAGACAUGCCCCUACUCGCAGUAUAGCGUGUAGGGGCAUAAUUUAACAAUACUAAGUAAACUUUACUUAGUAUUAGUAAAUUUGGCUGAAAGACCAAUUUAGGUCUUUCAGCCUUUUGGUAGAUAACUCCCUAAUACCGUGGCAAUUAGGGACUUAUCUUCCAAGCGGCUGCAAGAGAAAUUCCGAAGUGUUAACAUCCCGAAGUUGCCGAAGUGCCGAAGUUACCGAAAUUCCGAAGUGGCCAAGUUCCGAAGAUCCGAAUUGCCGAAGUCCCGAAUUUCGGAAUGCCGAACCAAACCGAAAUUUUUUCCCAUGCACAUGCCUAUUGUCCACAAAACAUUGCAUUGUUACAAUAGGAUACAAUAUUACAAAAAUACAAUAUACAAACUAUGUAUAUAUAUACACACACACAUAUAUAAAUUUAAUACAUAACAGGUAAUAAAUAUAUUCAACCAUGACAGGUGCAUUAUGUGCUGAGGUUUAUUGCCAUAAAUCUCUUAAAAGAUUUUAGAUUGAAUGAAGAUUUGACUGCGUCCCUGAGGUUAUUCCAUAAUUGAUUGGCAAGUAGCCUUUGGAUGGAUCUAGUGACACAACUGCAUUAUUGGCACACUCCCUUUACACCUCUCCCACCAGUGUGCUGCUUCUAUGGACACCAGAUUUGGGAGGUAUGCGGCUAAGCUGUGCACCAUGGGACACUUAAGUAAACAAGUAAAGUAAAAAACACUAUAGGUCACAUUUUUUCCUGAUGAAACACUGCAGACUAGAUUCACACUUAAAAAAUCUUUAAAAAAAAAAUUAUACAUUUGAAUUGUCUGUAUUUUCUCUUUUUGAGGGUUCUACAUGUAUUGUUUCACAGAUCCUCAAAAAGUGCAUCAUGUGUGCCAAGCUUUCCCAAAAAGGAAGUGACUUCUGUUCAAUUAAAAAACUUCUAUGUAGCACAGCUUAGCGUAUUACUGUCAAAUUUUCUCCUCGCAGUGUCGUUCUAAUGCCCAAUACUAUACUCUGAUCCUGCAUCAAAAUCAACGCAAGGUGAAAUAAUUUAUUUAAAAUCCCAGCAUCAAUCUUCUUUCAAUAAUGAUGCAAGCUCGGCAUGAUUUUGAAUUCACAGGCCAAUUACUUUUUGGUGUCGCUUUGGUGAUGUCAGGCGCUAGAGUAAUGUAAAGUCACUCCACUAGAAGUCAUGUGCCCUAUUGUGAUUCCUGUAUAUCUAACAGUGUGUUCCUUGUGUUCUCUUAUUGUUUGGGUACUGACUUCUGCUUGUUUGACUACUCUUGUCCUCUGUACUCCUGAUUUUGGCUAGUCCCUCGAUUUUGUGUCAAUCUGUCCUCCUUGACCUUGGCCUGUUCACAACUAUUUUUUGUCUGUUCUUAAAAAUAUGUAUUUGGAGUAAAAAGUCUUGUUGGACUUCUCACCUUAUUGCACGUGUCAUUAUUAGAUGGCGAGUAUCAGUGUAAUGGUUUUGAGUUGGAGUGAAGGCAUCUCUGGAGUCCCUUUAUUCCUGAUAUCGGUUACAAAGAAUUAGUAACAAGAGCAGAUACAGAUACUAAAGCUCCACCUUUUUACAUAGGAUACUUUCUUUUUUGACUUUUUUUUGUAAUAUGACAAAGAAAAAGAAUUUCUUGCCAAUUUUUAUUCCUUUGGAUUUUUUUUUUUAAUUGAUGAUUUUACCAUUGAUCAUAUUUACAAAAUAAGACAAAUGUUUAUUAGGGAAAAAAAAAAGACACAUUCAGAAACGGAAGGAUUUAGUCCUUAAAGGUACAUAAAAGGCACACAGACCACUUAAUCUCAAUUAAAGGGACACGCCAGGCACCCUUAUGCCAAUUGGAGUUGUCUGGGUGCCAUCUCCCAUCACCCUUAAUCCUGCAAGUGUAAUUAUUGCAGUUUUUAUAAACUGCAAUAAUUACCUUGCAGGGUUAAGUCCUCCUCUAGUGGCUGUCUAGAAAAACACUUUUGUCCAGUGGAUAUUAAAGGAAAUCUACAUUGCAGGGUUUAAAUGCCUUCCAUUAGAGGUGCUUCCACCGAAAUAGCCAAUUGAAACACGUCUAUUACAAGCAUUAUUAUCAAAAUUGAGAGGCAGGUUAACCAAGCACAAAGCAUGGGAGAAAACAUAAGUAAACUAACUUUGUCACCUCACCCUUGAAGGGGGGGUCACCUACUAUGUAUAGAAACUAUAGUGUUUGAAAUGCACAUUUAUAUUCUUAACGCUACAGUGGUCUUUUAAGCAAACAGAAAAAAUUUGAAAACUGCUUACCUGUCUCAGAAAAUCCACCACUCUAAUGGUGGUAGAAAUAUUUAGCCAAAAAAAAGUUUGCACCAUUUUUUAUACAUCGGAAGCAACAAAUUUGAAUAAAUAUAAAUAAAAUUAUACAAGAGGGGCAGUAAGUAAUAUUUUGACACAAACGAGGGAAUUAGGCAUCAAUUUACUAAGCUUUUAAAAUAGUUUAAUACUGCUAGCAAAACUUUAAAAAUGAUUCAUCUAUAAAGAAAAUUCCCAUAGAAUAUGUAGUUAAAUCAUCAGGCAAGUUUUUCUAACAGUUUUAAAUCAUUUGGAAAGAAAAAAAGACAAAAUUGCACAGUUUUUUUAUGUGCCUGUGUGUGUCUGUGUGUCAAGGUGUGUGUAUUGUGUGUCAAUGUGUAUCUGUGUGUGUGUAUGUAUCUGACACACAGAUACACACACACACACACUGACACACAGAUAUACACACCUUGACACACAGUGUGUCUGUGUGUGCAUCUGUGUGUCAAAGUGUGUGUUUGUAUCUGUCUGUGUAUCAAGGUGGCACAUAGUGGCACACAGAUACACACACUGACACAGUGUGUGUCAAUGUGUGUGUAUCUAUAUGUCAAAGUAUGUGUAUCUGUGUUUGUAUGUGACACACAGAUACACACAUACACACUGGCACAUAGUGGCACACAGAUACACACUGACACACACACCUUGACACACAGAUACACACAUCUUGACUCACAAAUACACACACACUCAAAAACACACAGUGACAUAUUCACACACUUGCACCCACAGAUACACACACUGGCACAUACACACACUCAGAUACACAUAUUGACACAUACACACAGUGUCAUAUACACACACUGACACCCUCAGAUACACACACACACACACACACACAUAGGCACAUACAAACACACUGAUAUACACUGGCACAUACACACACAUACACUCAGAUACACACAGUGACACAUACACAAACCUUGACACACAGAUACACACACUGACACACUCAGACACACAUACUCUUUGACAGACACACCUACACUCUCACUGACAAACAUGCAUACUCUUUGACAGACACACAUACACUCACACUGACAAACACACAUACUCUUUUACAGACAAACAUACAAACACAUAUACACUCUCACUGACAAGCACACAUACAUUCUCACUGACAUACACAUACACACUCACUGACAAUCACACUUACACGCUCUCUGACAAACAGGCAUACUCUUUGACAGACACACAUACACUCUCACUGACAAAUACACAUACUAUUUUACAGACACACAUACAAACACAUACACACUCUCACUAACAAGCACACAUACAUUCUCACUGACAAACACAUACGCACUCACUGAAAAGUACACUUACACUCUCACUGACAAACACACAUAUACAUAGACACACAAACACAUACAAACUUCCUAACAGACACACAUACAAUUGAUUAUUUUUUUUACAUUUUACUCCACCCAGCCUUCCUACCUUUGGGAGUGCAGGCAUGGAGUCUAUGUCCCUGUGAUCCAGUGGGGCUGCUGGGCUGAGUGUGCGGUCCCUGGGGUCAAGUGGGGCUGCUGGGCAGCUUGUGUGUGGUCCCUUGGGUCCAGUGUUGCUGCUGAGUGGCUGGCGUGCAGUCCCUGGGGUCCAGUGGGGCUGAUGAGUGGCUGGCGUGCGGGCGGCGGGGGAGCAGUGAUCUCCCUGCUCAGCUCCCUUAUGCGCUUCGUAGUGAUGCCAGAGCUAUGUCAUAUUCCAACUCCGGCAUCACUGCUGUGCGCACAAGAGAGCUGAGCAGGGAGAUCACUGCCCACUGCUCCCUCGCCGCCCUCACUGUUUUUAUAUCUCCCUGCUCAGCUCCCUUAUGCGCUUCGUAGUGAUGCCAGAGCUAUGUCAUAUUCCGACUCCGGCAUCACUGCUGUGCGCACAAGAGAGCUGAGCAGGGAGAUCACUGCCCACUGCUCCCUCGCCGCCCUCACUGUUUUUAUAAAUUUUGGCGGAACCCCAAUUGUGAAAAGCUGCUCUAAAGUGUGAAUUGUAAGUAACUUAAAAUGUCUAAAUUUAGGUACAAAAUAGACAAAAUUUAAAAGUCCGAAUAGACAUAUCUAGCUGACUUUACUUUGAAUUUUUGUCUAUUGGCACGUGAGUGAAAAAACAGUCUACAAUCAAAAAGGUGUUUGUUAUUCAUAGUUUCUUCUGCUAAAAGGUAAUUCAACUUUUUAAUACUUUCUGCAUGUUGAAAGGUUAUAAGAUAGAGUUAAUGAUACCUGGUGAAAAUAACCCUAUUAUGCUUCUAAACCUGUUCAGGACCUGCAGAAGUAAUGAGGCUGUUAAUAAUGUUAUGAAAAAAAAUAUAUAUAUAUGGAUGGUUAAUCUCCGCUGUACAUCAACCAACAAAGUUGGUGUUCCAGUAGAAAAAAAAAACCUGCAGUACCAAGAGGAGACUCCAGGGGUCUCCAGGGGCUUAACCCCAAAGCACUAAGUGGAGAAAACAAAAAGAGAACACAGAACGCUAUAUACAAAUGUCAAAAGACAAAUGUAGCGAGCUGUGUAUACCUGGAAAGACACUGUAGUCUAGGAGAAGUCUAUUAUAUACAUUAUGUACAAAGGUCAAAAUAUCCCUAUAUAAAGUAAAUUAAAAAAAGUAGAUAGAAAGAGCAUAAACCCUGGAUGAUAUACAUAUACCACUAUUAUAAUCAAAAAGACCGCAGACAGCUACUGUGACCUUUAAUUAAUCUGGCUCAAUAUGCUACUGCAGUAUUAACAUUAUUAUAUCUAGUAUAUCACACAGGGAGCAAAAGAGUAAGUUAAACUACCACCUCAAUCUAGCCUCUAAUGUGCAAAUGCACUUAGUGUAAUACAAUAAUCCCAAACUAUAUAAGGUUAUGCUUAGAUGUAAAAGGGUUAUUUUGAGAGAAUGAUUGAAUAUUUUUUUUAAUCAAAAGGAUCUCCACUAAUUUUCCUGCUGCUGAGAAUCGACACUGUUAUAAGCUACAGGUAUUUAACCCUUAAAUGUCAAACAGUGGCAACUGUAAAAAAUUGGAUAUUCCUGUAUUUUAUCUAAAAUAAAUGACAUGCAUAACAGGACAUUUGUGGUAGCACGUGCUGUUCAAUUUUUCUGUCUACCAUUUAGAUUUGGCAAUGAAACUGAAAUAUUUGAUAGAUUCAUAGACUGUAGGAUAUAUGUGGGUAAGCCAAGAGUCAGCGGUUUCUAGGUGAGAGAUUUUAUUGUUGCCCAUCUGGGUGUGGUUUAAUAAGUCACUCUCUUUUACACACUCCUUUUAAGUGCACAACAUUUCUGACUGCUAUAUGAGAAUCGUGGGAAAUAUAGUCCAUGGACAUUAAAGGAAAUCUUGUCAAUAAUAAUGAUGACUAACCAUAGCAUGUCUGAUAUUUGUGGACCCUGUAUCCCAACAUGCCGAACCAACAAAAGUUACAUGAUCUGAGUGCACAAAUAAAGGCUAACCAGGCAUAGGAGAUGUUUGUGGACUAUUGUUUGUCAGCUAGGCUACUGAUUGGCUGAGAAUCACAGGAAUGUAGUUCACAAAUGUUCUCUUCGUUCUCUCACCUGACAUGUUUCUGUCUUCAUCCCAGUGACUGUGUAUGUAUGUGUACUGAUUAUAUAUAACCGUAUUUUUAAACCAUAUGCUGAAUUGUCAAAAUUGUGGGGGGAAUAUUUUCUUUUGCCAAAAUGUUACAACUGUAUAAUCAAAGCUUGUCUGUUUUUGCCUAUAUUUUGCAAUUCAGUUUUCAAUUCAAUACAAUUAGUUUUUUUUAGUGAAUAGCCCCCUCCAUGAAAUUCUGUGUUUAUAAUAUGUGUCGUAUCAUAUGCAAUGUGUGAAUGUGAGGCUCACCCUCCCCCAGCCUGCCUGAAGCAGUCACCCACUUCCCAUACUUGUAAGCAGCUAGAGCCUGCAAUAAAAAGCGAUUGAGAAUGACAAAUAAUAUAAAGCCAUAGACUGAACAGUUCUCGUCUGUGGGGCCUACCUUGAGAGAGAAAAUGAAAAGGUUCAUGGCACGCUUUGCACCAAGCUUAGCUGCCCCUGGGUACAAUUGUUAAAAAAUUCAAGUGUCUGUCUAUUCUAAUGGGACAUGUUACUUUGGAUUUUAAUCCCUCACUCUGCCACUGCCUUUCUAUUCUUCUGAAAGAUCGGAAAGGCAGUUUGAAGUGCCUUUUAUGUAUAACCAAAAAAAAUGAAUGUGGUGUGAGCACUUUAAAAUAUAACUUUUAUUGAUUGACGUUAGAAUAUCCAAAAAAAGUGGGGUAUUGUACAGUGUAGUGUGUAGAUAAAUACAUAGAAAGAAAUAGUAUAUAAAGUAGUAGUAAAAAAAUAAUAAUAUAAAAUGAUGAUAAAAAUCUAAGUAUCUCUCUAAGUAGAUGGGAUACAAAGGAUUCAUAAAUUAAUAGUACACUACACAUUUAGGCACAUAUAUUUCCUUGUAGGAUAGUGGAUAAUAAAGUAUCAAGUAUACCACUUAUACCGCACAGUUAACUGUUGCAACUGUGUAUCACAUAGCUCUAUGCAGAAAGCUAAUAGUAAUGUGUCCAACAAGUUUAGAGUAUUUGCCGCAGAGUAAUAGUAAUAUAGGCAGAAAUGGUUAAACUUGCAGAUAGACCAACAAGUUUAGAAUAUUUGCCGCAGACUAAUAGUAAUAGUGAUAUAGGCAGAAAUGGUUAAACUUGCAGAAUAAUAUCUGUGAAUAUCAAAAUGGGAUUAACAGUUAGAGUGCAUGCACCGGUUGAUCCCUAGUCUCGUUAAAUAUAGAUUUCUAAUCCGUACAUAUUUUGCAACCGGCACAUGUCCCCUCCAUGUUCCCAAAUAAAAGUUGGUGUACAAAUUAGUGAAAAAUGCCUCCGUUCCCAAAUAUGUCUAAUUCUUAGAGAGAUCAAAUAUAGAAGGAACCCCAGGAGGGGGGAGUAGUGAAGUUAAAUGUAAGUCAUCAGUGUGAAAAGACCCCCCCCCCCCCCCCACUCGGAAAGCUCCAGUGUAUUAUUUUAUUCACUCCCUUGUUCAACUUUACAUACUAUUUCUUUCUAUGUAUUUAUCUACAGACUACAGUUCAAUACCCCCCUUUUUGGGGAUAUUUUAAUGUCAAUCAAUAAAAGUUAUAUUUUAAAGUGCUCACACCACACUAAUUUAUUUUGUUAGUACAAUUACGGGGUUCAAACCGAUUGACAAAGUGGUGAAGCAAAGUUUCUCACUUGUUGUCAAUUAGUGGUGGAAGAGAUAGAUUUCUCUUUACCUUUAAUGUAUAUUUAAUUAUGAAGGUGUACAUCAUUAUUUGACAUGGUUCUUAAUGGCUUAAUUACAUAAAUAGCUAUAAACAUGUAAAAAGGUAUAUACAGAAAUUCACUAGAUUGAUAAAUAAUUCUCACACGUGCUACAGUACUUUUAAUUCAUAAUUAAAUAUUAAAAAUGUGUAUUUGUGACUGUCCUAACAUCUAAUUGGUCUUGAUGGGGUUAAAACUAAUUGUUAAAUUUGCAUUGUAGCAUAAUUACUGCUACAUUAUUAAUAAUUUUUAAUUGAGACACUAUUGGAAUAUAUACAUUAACACGCAGACUGUAUCCUGAGAUUAUUAAUGUAAAUAUUGCAUCUACGAAGAAAAUUCAGCAUAAUGAAAUGAAAACAAAAAGCAUAAUGAAAAUCCACAUCGUAUAUCUUACAGAAAAGCCCUAUAUCUUAUAUUACAGGGAUCAGCAAAGUUGGAAAAGGCUGAAAUUCUUCAAAUGACGGUAGAUCAUCUGAAGAUGCUGCAGGCAACCGGGGGUAAAGGUAAGGCUUUAAUGGUCUGUAAUGCUGCACGGAAAACUAAGUAAACAUCUCAUUUAAGAAAUACUGGUAGGCUGAUGCAGAUAAAAGGAGUGGAAAUCAAUGCUAAUGGUAGGAUUGAACUCGUGGGAAAAAACCAUAUUCACAAAAGGAGCACUUGACCCUGGGCUUGUGUUUGCUUUCACAACACUGGGAGAGUAAAAGCUUCAUUCACAGACAGUCCAGCCAUGGAUUUGUUUGGGGUUUUUACAAGGAGACAAAACAAACACACAAACAUUCAGGAAAAAAUAAACAGGACAGGAACCCACAAUGAAGUUGUGCAGAACCCCGACGUAAUGUCUGCUUUUAGCAAAGGAAGUACAGGAGGGAGACUAUUCAUUUAUUAUAACCCACACGGUGUUCACAAAAAAAAAAAAAGGAACAAUGAUUCAUGAUGCAUGCACAAUGCUUAUAAAGGAAAUUGAAAGAAUAAUUGUUCCUGUGCUUACCGCAGCUUGGAAUUAACUUCCUGAUGACUUUUCUGUCACUGAGAAAGCUUCUUCUUUUUAACUUCCAAAUCUUUUAUCCUUUGAGUUGCAUGUACACAUUUUCUUAACUCUUCUUUUCACCUACAUUAUUCGUUAAUGUCUUGCUGGAUUCUAGGCCAUAAAAAAUUAUAACACACUUUGUUCGCAACAGAAGUCUGCAACUUAUACACAACAUGACUUAAGUUGUUUGGUGUAAGCUGGUAAAUCCCCCUGUUUAUCAUUAAGUGUCAAUCAUAUACAGAACAUCUAAACAGGAAUGUACAUGUUUGAGGGAAAGCUCAGUCUCUUGGCAUACCAUUUGCAAGAGUAGACAACCCAUGGUAUUGCAAGUGGAGUAUGUCCAGUCUUUUUAGUAGCCAAAUAUUAGUUUUUUGCUUAUUUCACACACAAACAAAUAUGAACACUAACUUUGGCCAGUGUUUGUGACUAAGUGUCUACUAUAUAAACCUGGAUAUAUCCCACUUGCAAUACCUUGGGUUGUCUUCUUUUGCAAAUAGUAUGCCGUCAUGGGGAUACUUCUCAUUCCUGGGCUACCAUACGCUCUCAAAGGUAACAUUACUAAUCUGGCAAAUUUCAAUGUGAAAAAAACUGAAAAAUGGAAUGUGCUAUAUUUGACCCUGUAACUUUCCAAAACACCAUAAAACCUGUUAAUGGGGGGUACUGUUGUACUCGUGAGACAUUGCUGAAUACAAAUAUGUGCAUUUUAUUGCAGUAAAAGCUAAUAGUAUUAUGAUAUGUACAGCUAAAAUGUCAAGCUAUACAUUAUUUUAAAAAUCUUAAUUUCUCAGUUUUUUUAAUUUUAUUCAGAAUAAAUUAUGUUUCAUAUAUGAAUAGUUCAUGAGAAAUUAAAGCCCUGUUUCUCCUGAACAAAAUGAUAUAUAAUAAGUGUGGGAGCACUUAAUAUGAAAGAGGUGAUUUACGGUUGAACAGACAUAGCUCAAAUUCCAGGUUUUGUUUAUAUUUUGUUUUGAUCAGAACGUGUACUAUUGACUCUGUCCUGAAGGGGAUUAUGGGUAAAAGGAAUGUGCUGCUCUUCGGUGAGCAUGGUCACAGUGCAAGGAGAAUGUAAACAUUAUGACUGUGAGCAUGUAACUUAUGUACUAAUUUCCAGCAUGAAUGUUCACAUACAGUAAAUACAGUUUGGUUAUUAAAACGCGCCUCUGUAUUAUUCAGGCCAUUGCUACCUACUGCAGGCUCUACAUUUUAUACAUUACCAUAAAAUGCCAUAAUUGCCAUAUUAAUCCUGUAGGAGGGGGAAGAGGUUGAUCUCAUUUACUGUUCAUUUGCACAGAUUAUAGAAACGGAUCAGACCCGUGCUGAUAUAAAUUUGUUUUUGUUAGGUCGCAACUGGUGCCUGACAGCAUUGAGAGUUGAUCUGAAUGAGUUGGUGAAAAGAGGAAAAAAUCUCAGUGUGUAUCCAUGGCCAUCGAUAAAUCCCAUGCGCUAUUAUUGUUAUUAGUAUUUAUAGAGCACUAAAAUAUUAUGUAGCGCUUUGCAAUAAUACUUUGGGGAUAUAAAACAAGUAUUCACAUUCAAAUUAGUGAGGACAGAGACGAGGUGAGAGGGCAAUGCUCAAAUGAGCUCAUAAUCUAAAAGCACAAAUUAGCUCACUCACAGUCCUAUAAUGUACCUUUCAUGUCCCUGCCUAGUAAAGUUUAUACAUAUAAAGAGUGUAAGCUUAUCCAAGUGAACAGUGCUCUUAGUAGUUUGUGCCUGUCCACUGUACAGCACUUCAGAAUGUCUGCACUUCAUAUUUAGAUUUAUUAUAAUAAUACACAGCAAUGUCUUGCGAGUCAUUUCAAUGGUCUGCCAUGCAAGACUGGCUUCUAAUUAUGAAUGCCAGAGCAAAUCCACUCUUUUAUGGAUAGUACUUUAAUAGAUACGGUCACUGGGAAUAAUGUGACCUACUCAAAUGUUGUUUCAGUGAUACACUAUGUUAAAUUAAGGGUGAAUCUUAUUAGAUGUACAGUUUAUUUUUCUAAUUUCUCGUCCUGUACAACAUAACCUAUAUGGAGCUACGUAUCACCUUCUGGGGCCUUUUAGGACUCAUCUGUAACACCAUUAUUUUCGAAUGUUCCGAUCUACCUUGUGAGUCACGCCAUGCCAGUUGCACUAUAUGGUUCAUUUAUGUGCUCACAUCCAGUCCCAGAAGUAUAAGUCGACAAAUAAAUCUUCAAAGUGUGUUUUUAGAUGUCAAUGUAUUUUUCUCAUUAAGUCUUUUUUUUUUUAAAUGAACAAAUGCCAACAAAGGAUGUUGAUAGUUUUCUUUUAAGUGACAUGGCAUGUCAAAUGAUUCUGCAUUAUACCAGUAAGCAGAUCAUACAUUCAAAUCCCCCAGACUGUCAGGAAUUAGAAAUCAAGACCACGCUGUAAAUGUCAGUAGAGAGUGCAGGGGAGAAGUGGGGGUAGAACUUUGGUCAGAGCCUUUAAUCUUGGUGCGUGUGUAUGUUUGUGUGCGAAGCAAGGAGGGACACACACGGAUGGACUAUUACCAUGGGAAAGAUUCUCAGGCAUGUCAUCACCCCACAGUACAACAUGAGAGGCAUUGUCCUGGAUAUUUUUUUUUUUAACAGUUUGGAGAACUGAUGUUCUUAAUUUUUUCCCCACUGGAUUAUCUGGUUUCAAGACUUGUACAGUAUUACAUUACCAUACCAGAGGCACUCACACAUUGACUUUCAACAGUACACUGACACUAGCUAAGACUAGCACAAAAGGCUUUUUGCAAACGACCUACAUUAGAAAAAGAUAAAUGCAUUUAUUAGCUUAAUUGUCACUCUUAUUUAAUUGAAUGUGGAUUGUAAGUUUUAGACCACAAUAGCUGAGAUAAAGAAUAGCUAACUUGUAGAAUUGUUGUUGUUGUUUUUGUUUGUUUUUUACUAUUUUGGCCUAAAAUUUGCAGUUCAUUUACUAUCCACAAUUCCCAAAUUAGAAAUUAAACUCAUAAAAUGCUCUUCUCAGCUGUGGUGCUGCUGUAAAGAUAAAAAUAUCUACAACAUACAGAUGAAGGAACAGCACACACACACAAAAAAACAAUUUUCCUGUUUUUACCAACAAAUAUUGCGAUUUGGUUAUACCAUAUGGCCAUAUUGUGUGAAGCUCACCACUACGCCACAGGGCAGCUUGGUCACUUGGCACCUGUGGUAGAUAUGUAUGUUGGCAUCCAUCACCUGAAUUUUAAAAUAUUGUGUGUCACUCCGCACUCACUCAUCCCUUUGUGCGUAUCUCCUGACUUUUCUUUCAAAUCCACACUUUCAACCUUCUGUGUGCCAGUAACCCACCUCAUGCUGAUGAGUUGCAUUAACAACGAAACAGCUAUCCAUGAGUGGUUCGCUGACUUUGCAUCUCUUCCUGAGUUGUGUUUCAAAGCUUUUGUAUACAGGAAACAUCAACCCUGUUACAUGUCUUAGUAUCAUCAGCAAAAAGACAUACCUUACCAUCAAGACCUUCUGCAAUAUCACUAAUUAAAAUAUUAAAGAGAAUGGGUCCAAGUACAGAUCUCUGACAUUCCCCACUGGUGACAAGCCCAUGCUUUGAAUAUACUCCAUACAACCCUCGGUUCACAGUCGGGAGUCUUUGCAAAUUCAACGAAGUCCCCAAACACUGACAGUGCCGCUUUUAAUUGUGUUGGUUUUCAUAAAUAACCACAUUAGAUGCAAUUUUUCUACUGUGCUUAUUAUUUUCAGAAAUGAGAAAAAAAACUUAAAACCAAAGGCAGUGCAUGUAGUCAUUAGAGCCUGUUCCAUACAGACCCUAUAACACCAUGAAAUGUUUGGCUUACCUUCAGCAGUCACAUGAAGCCUUGCUAUUGCAGAAUGGUUAUACAAUUCUAUGUCACAGUAGGUUCUUGGAGAAAUAGUACUAUGUCUAAAUGAGCAGUCCUUGAUCUGUAAUGAGUUAAUAAUUAAUUUUUAUACUUGGAUUAUCGUUGCUCGGUUUUACAUAUAAUAAUAUAAGAAUAAUGACUAUAAUGUAACACCUGGUAAAACCUGCCAUGCUAUUUAGUCAGAAACACUUAAAUGUGUGAAGGACAUGUCUCAAUGAUUGACAUUUUGACACGUAGUCAUAGAUUAAGUAGGAGUUGCUAGGUGUAUUCUCGCAAGUGGUAUUUCUUUGAAUAGAAUCUUCAUAUGUUCUAUGUUAUUCAAUCAGACACUAAGGGUGAUAUUUUUAAAGGUUAGAUUAAAAGUAGAAUUUGCAGUACUACGUUUUGGGAACUUCAGAGCCUUUCCUUAAAAUUCACACUACCAUACACUUUGAGUUCAUUUAAACUGGAAAAAAGAAAUUUAGACUUGAUCAAAAUAAUCCAUUAUUUGGUGCUAACUAGCUCAGAAAUUGACACUUCAGAAUUCGCAAUCUUGUCCUGCAAUAGAUAAAUAAUUUUGGUGUGUGUGCCCCUUCUUCUGCUCUGUCUCCUAUGCAAUAUUAUUGGAUAGAGGCUGCUAAAGGGGAUACUAUAGGCAUCAAAGCAACUUUAGCUUAAUAAAGCAGUUUUUGUGUAUAGAUUAUGCCCCUGCAGUAUCACUGCUCAGUUCUCUGCAAUUUAGGAUUUAAACCUCUUUUGUUUCUGUUUAUGCAGCCCUAGAUACCGUGGCGGGCCGCCGUCACUGAGCACCAUGUCCACUGCUCAUUCAUGUGUUUUCUUCUGUGUAUUGUACGUUUCCCCUUGUAUUUCAUGUAUUUUGCCCUGUUGACCAUUCGGUGCUCAUGCGAACAGAAACCGUUCAUCUCCCGAAUGUGGAUCACCCUGGUAUCACAUUAGAAUGUUCACACCAAUCCAUCAGAACAUUCGCAUCUGCAACAUAAGUGUAAAACCGCAAGGGAAGUAAUUAUUGAGUGCUCCCCUGGGUGGCUGCCAUUUUGUAUAGGCGCACGCCACCCGGGGGAGCAUUUGUAUCCCGAAAGGAUACGCUUCCCUUGCAGGGUCUUCACACAGAAACUCCACGAACAGAUCCCUGAAGUUGGGUGGGACACUGUUGGAGUACUGGUCGUUCGGAUCAUCCUGUCUGCUCCUAACGGAGCUGUAAUCACAACUCCCUUGGGAGCUGCAAGGCCACGCUCAGAGAUGCCCAAGGAGCGCUCUCUCCGGUGCUACCUAAGUGGAGGUAGCCACGGAGAGAGGCGCGAACCCCAGCUGAAUGCCUGGAACUGUGAGUUGGCUACGCGCUGGCCACCUGGAAGUUCGUGCUGACCAAUGGGAGAAGGAGCGCCCAUUCAAACUGGGUUUGCGCCAUUCUCCUGACUGGUCGGUACGAGUGAGCGCUGAUUCAUCGCUGCGGGGCACAGUCGAUAUUGUACAUACAAUAUACAUAUAAAUACAACCAGAUGCCCAAAUAUAUGUACAUGCACAUCUACACAUACAUCCACACACAACCCUUCAUCCUUCUGAGGUAGAUAAAAUGAGUACCAUUAAACUGGGUAAAAGUAACAUCACCUGGAUGUUGGGCAAAAGUAACAUCCCCAGGAUGUACUUAGAAACCAGAGUAAUCAGAAUGUACCUUAAAUACUUUGUUGUUAUUUUUACUAAGAGUAUCCCUUUAACCCUUUAAGGACUGAGCCAAAUGUACACAAUGUGAUCAAAACAAAAUGUAAACAAAACCUGGAAUUUGACUAUUUGUCUGUUCAACCGUAAUUCACCUCUUUCAUAUUAAGUGCACCCACACUUAUUAUAUAUCAUUUUAUUCAGGGGAAACAGCACUUUCAUUUAACAAAUAUUUAGCUAUGAAACAUAAUUUAAUAUAAAUAAAAUAUUUUUAAAAGGGAGAAAAUAAGAAAUGUUGUUAAUUUUUUUUGUUCUACAUGACAUUUAACUGUGAAUGUCAUAAUACUGUUUGCUUUUAUUGCAAUGAAAUUCACAUAUUUGUAUUCAGCAAUGUCUCACGUGUAAAACAGUACGCCCUAUGUACAGGUUUUAUGGUGUUUUGGAAAGUUACAGUGUUAAAUCUAGCAUGUUACAUUUUUCAGUUUUUUCACAUUGAAAUUCGCCAGAUUGGUUACGUUGCCUUUGAGACCGUAUGGUAGCCCAGGAAUGAGAAUUAUCCCCAUGAUGGCAUACCAUUUGCAAUAGUAGACAACCCAAGGUAUUGCAAAUCGGGUAUAUCCAGUCUUUUUUAGUAGCCACUUAGUCACAAACACUGGCCAAAGUUAGUUUUAAUAUUUGUUUCUGUGUGAAAAAUGCAAAAAACUAAUUUGAACUCCAAUUUUGGCCAGUGUUUGUGACCAAGUGGAUUCUAAAAAAGACUGGACAAGAAAGUUAAGAUAAAAUUAUAUCUGCCCAUUCUCUAGUUUCCCAGAGCUGCACAUUACAGUAACCUAGCAGCUGCCGAGCUGGCUUUAUUGGGACUGCUACCUGAGUGGUCACCGAGACCCCCGUAAAUAGCAGCUCCCAAUGCAGCAGUGCUACAUGCUGACUAACAAGCAUGAGUGAUACAUGCUAAUACACGGAGCCCCUGGGCACUAGCAUUACGCAGUGAGUGAGGAGAGCUUGGGCCUAGCAGGAUCUCCCCUAAUAAAGCCCAGGGUAAGGGGGAGGGGUUGGUUAAUGGCUGCCAGGGGUCAAGGUGUGGACACAGCAACAGUUACGGACUACGUUUCCCAUGAUGCUCAGUAAACCCUGUGUCUAGACUCGCAGGAAAACUUGUCUGGGCUUAUGGAACAGAAUGUCUGGCAGAUACGGCUCUGACCACCAGCACGGAGAGCGCCCGGUAAUAGCAGAGCAGGGAUCCCCAAUUGCAGCUAACAAUACUGGAGGGGGAGGACAACCGGUCCCACGGCCCACCCCCAGCUGGAAGUACCAGGAGGGAGGACAGUCAGUCCUAUGCCCCAGUGGCAGCAGAGAUACCUAGGGGAGAGGAGACUGCUGGGACUCUUGCCCCACUUACGGGUGUGGAUGGGACAGCGGUCUCUGCACUAGCCUCAUAGGGAUAUUGGGCAGCCUAUGAGGCUAGUAUCAGUUGCUGCUUGUGUUUCCAUCUUGUCCCAGAUUAAAUUGAAAUUCAUUAGAGAAAAAAUGAAAAAGAAACUUACAAAAACAUAACAGAAGAAGAUUAGAAACCAAGAGGUGGAAAGUCGUGCUUAAAUUUAACUUAAACUACACUAUCAGAGUUAUUCAAUGUGGGCAGCCAGGGACUGUCAUGCACCGUUAAACUGCUUGAAAAUUGUUUAACACUGAAUGGAGGAACAGUGCAAAAGGACUCCAAACAAUACAACCAAUUCUAUAAGUUGAAAUGGUUAUAAUGCCAUUAUAUACUGAUGGCAUUAUGCCUAUAGAAUUUUAGAAAUAGAGUAAUGAAAAUGGGUGAUAAACCCAGUUAAAGUUCAUGCAGCUUUACGAUAUUCAGGAUUGGGAACGCAAUAUGGGUGAUCAGCAGAGAAGACUUUGUUGUUACUACAAACUAUAAGGAUUGGUGGUGUCAAAGUGUGUAAUGAAAAGCAUGGUGUUGGAAAAAAUGCUGCUAUAUGUUUGCCAACAAAAUAAUUAUAAAGGGAGACCAUUAGUUUUACAUGAACUCAUUUUUGAGGGACCCAGCAUCCAACCGAAAGUAAAAGAGAAUUAGCAGAGAAUAAAAUGGCCACGUUGUUGAAGAAUGACAGGAAAUGGGCAAGAAGCUCAUUAGAAAUAAAAAAAAAUCUAAAAAAGAAGGCAGUAAAGGCUAAUUAGAGAUGAGAGUGUCAAUGAAGCACUUAUUCAUAAUUCUUUCUUAUAAUUGAGCAAAAAACACAACAUAGACAAAUGACUGUACUAUUACAGUAUUGUGCUAGUAUGAACACUUGAACUUGAUUAUAGAAGUGGGACAUUCCAUGUUAGUUGUAUAAAUAAUCAAAUAUAUAGUUUUAGUAAUAUUUUACCGAAACAAAAUAGCGUUUAUUAAAGGGAAAGCUAAGAUGAAGAUUUUAGUCACAAAUUAGUUAAUUUGGUAACGUUCUUUGACAUUUUGCCCCUCUGCUUUACUUUAAAUGGCUACCACUUAUUCUCUAUAGCAUCCUUUGUAACUAAAAGUACAUGGCUGCAUUCAUAGCUGUAAUUGUGUUUUUUUAAGUAUCCUUGAAUACAAAAGAUUCUGGUUGGUAUUAACCACAGUUUUUCUGUCUUUCUUUUGAAGGUUAUUUUGAUGCACAUGCUCUAGCUAUGGAUUUCAUGAGCAUUGGUUUCCGCGAGUGUUUAACAGAAGUUGCCAGAUACCUCAGUUCCGUUGAAGGCAUGGACACAUCAGAUCCUCUGCGGGUGCGCCUGGUUUCGCACCUUAGCACAUGUGCCUCACAAAGGGAAGCAGUAGCUAUGACCUCUUCGGUGGCUCAACAUCAACAUUCUCUGCAUCCUCAUCACUGGGCAGCCGCUUUCCACCAUCUACCUACAGCAUUGCUGCAGCAGAAUGGACUUACAUCCUCUGACAGCAUUCCUUGCAGACUUUCCACUGCUACAGAAUUGCCACCACAGCAUGGCUCAGCCUUGCUCACUGCUACGUUUGCUCAUGCAGAUGCUGCACUUAGAGUGCCCUCAGCUGGUAGCAUUGCUCCUGCUGUUCCACCUCUCUCUACCUCUUUGCUCUCCCUUUCAGCCACAGUACAUGCUGCAGCUGCUGCCGCUGCACAGAGCUUUCCCUUAUCCUUUGCUGGAGCUUUCCCAGUCAUACCACCAGGGGCAGCAGCAGCAAUGGCAGCAUCUGCAGCCACAGCCAUUGCAUCUCCUAUGUCCGUCUCUUCCAGUCCUCGGCAGGCUGGCAGUGGUGCAAACAGUAAGCCUUACAGGCCAUGGGGAACUGAAGUAGGAGCAUUCUAAGCUGCUGUCUUUAAGUGAACUCAUUUUAUUUGUUGUCUGUUUUUAAUCGGUGUGCGGGACGUGCAUACCUUGUAAAGAUAUAUAAAACUUCAUGCUGAAACAUAUACAAGUGGAUUUUGAGAAUGUCAGAACUCUAUCUUUAAUUAUAUUGUUUGUACACGUGGGGUGUCAGAUCACUGCAUCCAUGCUAAAGUAUACAGAAUAUAUGGAUGCAUCUACAGUCACCUUUGGCAAGCUUCAGUUGAACAAAUGUAAUAUUCAUGCCUGAAAAGAUCCACGGUGAGACCUAGUUACAACUGAAAUAACACGACUUCUGGUGCGAUCUCUCUUUGACAUGUUAACGUUUCUGCAGUUUGAUAAGGAUGUACGCAGACCAGUAUUAACCGAGUUAUACUUGACUCUUAUAUGUGUGCGCAUCAAAGAAAUUUGAUGGGCAAUGGUCUAUCGAUUGAUAUGGUGGCCAAACUUAAGGAGAUACUCCCUAAGAUUUUGCCAACCCACUUUUAUUUAAAGUUCUAUAUUGUUUUGGUUUUCUCAAGUGUUUGUUUAAAAAAAACAAAAAACUUCCUUAAUUGGGUGAUUUUUUUGGUAGUCUAUGAUAAGUUAAUGGUUUGAUGUAGACUACAUAGAUUGUCAAGAUUUCCUACUGUUUAUGAGAAGCUGGAUACGGCCACAGUCUGUUAUCUGUAGUUUGGGCACAGAGGGCUUAUGUAUAAAGUGCAAUUCCUGGACAAAGCUAAAAAAAAGCAGAGUGAUCAACGUAGAAACAAAUGGAACGUUCCUACAGAUAGAACUCAUGGUUCUUUGCUCUAAACUUUGUGGUACACAAAACUGUACAUAAGGUUUUUUUUUAAAGUUGUCAUAGUCUUAAGGUUUUGCACUAAUCUCAUCCAAACUGCAUUGCAGAUGAUCUUGGUGCGUUGGCAUGUAUAUCAUGCAAUGCCCCCCAACAGAAUACUUAAAAGCAUAACUUGUGAUCUAUACAUUUGGAAGCAAUUUUGCAUUCUAGAGAAUCAGUCCUCUUCUAUUUAUGUAAAACACAGCUUUAAAUGGUGUCUGUUUCAUUCUGUUUCAAAUCAGUGCCAGAUUCUAUAAAAUAUUGUUAUUCACUUUAUUUUUACCAUCUAACACAUCUACCCGGCAGUACCAAAAGUCCUUUUUCUCUCCAGUUAUUUCAAUGUUGCCAAUGCCACUGGAGUGUCAGAAGACAUGUUAUUACCCUACAUUUGCUUAGAUCUACAAAUAGUCAUUGUAAUUACACCAACAGCCAUCCUAAAUAUACUAAUUGCAACCUAGGAUUAGUAUGUACACGCAUCUAUGGCUGUGCCUGUCCCCUUUACACUGGAAAACUAAUUUAUAGCCAUUAAAUAGAUACAUUGGCAUCUUGAAUUAUGUAAUUGACUUGUUUCUUAACUUCUUUAUUACAUCGUUUAAUAUACGUGUUUGUCCCACUAUCAUAUAAAUUAAAUAUAUAACUUAUUCCCUUAAUAUGCUAGCCAGCAGGCUUGGGGGUCAAUUAACUUUAGUUGUUAUUUUUAACUUGAGUAAAUUGUCCUUUAGUUUGGCAAAUGUGUGUCUUUUUCUGUUUUGUUUUUCCUGCUACGUGUGUAACGGAACUGCUGGCACCCCGACCAGGUACCUUCCGCUGAUGGAUGCUCCUAGUGCUUUCCGAGGACUCCAAGCACUCUGCCCGACACCAUAACCACUGCAGACCCCACAAACCGCCACAGCUUGGUUGGGGUUUCGCCGUCUCCACCCACUCUGGACCCAAGACCCAGGUCCAGCUUCCAGUAGGUCGAGCUCUCCGAAUUCCAGAGAGCAGGAACAGGAACAAGCUCUUAGCAGAGCUUAGUGAUUAUACCCUGGGGAGUAUAGUGAUUAUAGCAAUCCCCAGUGUAGUUCUCCAAUCCCCCAAACAUGAGCCAAAACUUCAUGAAGGUACAAGAUGAUCUGCCUCCAAUGAGCGUUUAUUACUCCUUAUAUACAAGAUUGUAGGCCAGAGGCACACCCCCUGGACCUGGUGGUAAACUGUGACAAAAGGAACACAAACCAAUGGGAACACUAAUUAACAUAAUAACACUCCCACAUACACAAUGAAAUCCCUCCUCUCCAUCCUGGAGAUAAUUGGCUUAAGGCACGGCAGUAAACUCAAUUAUCUCCAGGUACAGAAAAUAUCUAUGUUUUACACUAACAGCAAAAAUACAUAAAAGUACAUAAAAAUACAUAAUUCUUAUUAUAUUACACAGAACCCCACAAUUAACCCUUCCCCAGAUAGCUCAGAUCUGCGCCCAACAGCGCAGGUGAACAGCGCUCAAAUCCCAUGAACAGAGUAAAUUUGCCAUGGGGUAAAGCAUAGCAAGGGCUGUUGAGAAACCAAGGAGGGGCAAAAGCAGUCAGUUCCAACUGGUUUGGCAGUGUGCCUGGGACAACGCCCUGCUGGAGAACAAUAGACAGGAAAUGGGGGAGGGGAAGAAACACAUCUUCCCAUGGAUUCAAAUGGGCAGAAACAGUCUUUAGAACCCAAUAAGCCCGAAAUAGUCUUUUUAAAUGACAAUACACCCCAGGGCCAUAGUCAUGAGGAAGGAGGCUGGCAAUCCAGCUCCUCCAACAGCCGGGGGCAAAGGGUAGCUUGUCACCUAACAAUCUAGUGACAAAAGGCAUUUCGUCACAACGUGCUUACAACCUUGUUACUAGCCUCUGGAAUGAAAGCAAACUUGCUUUUGUGGAGUCUCUCAGGACUAUAAUGUGAUGAUAUGGGCGGCCCUCGGUUGAGGUGUAAGUAGGAUAGCACAUAUAUAAUUAUUUUUUUCUAUUAUAGUUCACAUGCUGACCUGGGUCUUCCUAAUCUUAGUGCAAUCGCAUGGCUCCUAGACCAAAUUGGGAUGGUUGUCGAGAUCAUUUCCAAUAGCCAUUGUUAAACCAUUACCCAAUCUAAGGGGACAACGGUUUAGAAAAGGUAUCACAAUAUUUUUCCUGUUUGCUAUUAAAGGAAGGUGAGACUAUAUUUUCUUAAACACAAAGACCGUAAGCAAGUGUAAAUCUGGGAUAAAAUGGUAUAAUGGACUAGUAAUUUGGGAUAAUUCCACUUGUUUCCAUGGUACCUGUUGUAUUAUGCUUUGCAAAAAACUACAUUUUCCAAGCAGAUAACCAUCUGACACUGGUAUACGCUGCAACUAAUGUUCAAAUUCAUUAAAUAUACUACACUUACAAUGUUACAGUCUCUUCAUUCAUUGUAGAGUAAUCCAGACUUGGUUCUUAAAAAAAAAAAAAAAAGAAAAGAAAUCAACAAAAAUCACAAACAUACAAUAAAAUGUACACUGUUAAUGAAAUUCUGAUGUACCUGUAUGUAUGAUUUAAUCAAUUGCCCCAAGUUCCUUGUUCAGUAGAGUAUACCUGGAAAGGAUGUCCUUAGUAGUUCACAGGUCGCCAUUCAAUGCUUAAUUACAUGCUGGGAUGGAAUUGAAAUAAAAAAAAUAAUCCUAUAGCUAAACCCAAAAAGAACUAGAGGGCAGUAGGAAACUUGUAUUUUAUAAUUGACAAACACAUGGACUCUUUUCUACCAGGACAGGUAAAGUAUUAAAAUCUGCUAAUCCACAAGAUAAUAACUUUUUCUACAGAUUUUUAGAGCUUUUUCUACGGAUUAUUGGAAAGGUCUCUUAAGAGGGAGAUUCACUUUGACUCUGUUUGCCAAAUGCCUGGGUGAUGUGGAUGCAGUAAUCAAGCAAGCUAUGGUUUAUUUUACUCAGAGUUUGUGUUUUUAUUUUUGUUUCAUUUUGUUUGUUUUUUUACAUUUAAAAACACAGCACGUAUAAUUAUGCACAUGUAAUUUCUCUGCUGUGUGGAGAAAGCAAUAAAUGUUUUGAGAAUGUUAAACAUUAUGCAAGCGAUAUUUUAAAAAUAUUUGUUUUAUAAAUACAGUACACUAGUAAUUAGUUGUUUCAUUUGUUCUUUACUUUGUAACCUAUUUUCUAUGCAA